AUGAGCAUGCACACUAUGCCAAAAGGGUCAGGAAGAUCACUAUGUAUCUUGUUACAGCUGGGUCCUAAACAUAUGCAGUUGAAAGUUGUUAAAAUGGACCUUGCUAGGCCUCUAGAAUCAGAAACUACAGCGAACUUCAAGCACACGGUGCAGCAGCCAUGAAAUAGAUGGCAUGUGUAACUCUGUCACUUUUGUGCUGCUUAGUCAACUUCGCUGCUGGUUAUGUGAGACCUUGACAUUCUUCAGGAUGAUACGAUUGGAAGGUAACCCAAGGUUGUCAGCAUUAUGAGAUCUUAUCUACCUGAAGAAGGCAACAGCCAUGAAACCAAAACAAAGGAGAAACCAUGGCAUGUUUUGGAAAAAUCAGUGCUGUUGUGUGUCACAGUUGCCUUGCUGAUCAAGCAAGGGUCCCUGUUACAUUAGUCUCAUUACUGCUUGAUUUUGGUAAUUCAUAGUCUUAGGGCUACAUUAAGAAUGGCAUUAAUGCUAAUGAUGGGAAAGUCCAUCUCCUGGUUCAGUUCCUGAUCAAUAUACAGUAAAGUGUAUAGAGAAUUAUUUUCUGUCUCCUCACACUCCUUCCUGCAACCUGCUGCCUAGUCAGCUCUGUUCUGCUUAGGCAAAGAGCACAAUAUGUACUGCCCCAGACUGGUAACUGUGAACUUUAUUCCAACCUGUGGAUAUGCUUGUGAAUUUAUAACUUCUGUUUCACAACUAGAUGGGCUGAAGGGCAUUAGGAGACUAUUUUAACAAUGUUUAGUGACUUUGAUUGCUUUGUUAAUGCAAUUGCCAUUUUUAAACUAAUGAUAUUACCAUGAUUUACUCUUAUUAUGAAACCAUACAUAUAUUAUUUUCUACUAUAUUGUUUUAAGUAGCUUUAUUUCAUGCAGAUGUCAUAUUUAUUUAUUAUAAUAUUUGCUUGCUGCCAACUUAAAUAAAAUAUCAAGGCAGUAUAUAACAGUAUAUACAAUAAAACAUAUAUACUACAACAAAUUAAAAUAAUAAUUAAAAUGACUGGCUGAUCAAGAAAGUUUGGACAACUGCAUAGGUCUCAGUAUAAAAAGAUAUCCGAGCAGCACUUGAAAGUCAUCAGCGAGGAUGCUAAUAUCAUGUUUCAAAGCAUUUUACACCAGUUACAAUUCUGAGUCUGUGGUUUUUAUUGCUGGUCAUAAUUCAUUCCAUCUCACUGGGCCAAUUAUUGUUGUUAUGUUGGCCAGAUAUUGAUAUAGUAUGCACUAGUGUUAAUUGGAUCCCUGAAUUAACGAAAGUAAUUCCCACUCUCCCAGACCUCUCCAUAUUCCUGUUAAGAAGAUGAUUUUCUUUAUACCCCGCCCACUGGGCAGCUUAUAGCACAUUGAAAACAUAGAGCAUUACAAACCUCUUGAUCCAGGGUUGCCUUCAGUUGUGUAAUUCUUUAUCUCCUUGACAUCUGACAUCUUUAUCAAGGAGAUAACGAAUUGCACAACUGAAGGCAACUCCUUCAGGUUGUCUUCAUGCAAUAUCUGCGCAGUUAUUAAUCUAUUGUGUAGGAUUCAGAGGACCUUUUCUCAAGCUAAUGCUUCUCUUGUGUGGAUAUAUCACAUUACCCAACCCUCAAUCUCUAAUAUUUUGUGACGGGAAAUUGAGAUGCUUUCAUCCUUUCAAGCUAGCUCAGCAAGUAUGGUUGCAGAGAAGUGGUUAAGUGGCAAACAUUGCAAGGCUAGCAUGAGUAUGGUGCUAACAGGAAAGGCCACUUUUUUCAAUAUAUGCUGGAAUGGCAAAUUAAAUGUGUUCAUAAAUUUAUUACUGUAUUUCACUGGGUUGUUUUUUUUUGCUAUAGCAUCUAACAUUAGUUCUGCACCAAAAAGUGGAAAACAGGUACUUUUAAUAAGCAUUUUUAACAAUUCCAAACACACUGCUGUGUUUCAUCAACGCUGAAUUUGAGGACCUAUAUCUCAAUAGUGACACCUAGUGGCAAAAAAAUGAAUUUUCCCUUACCAAUUGCUUGCGCAUCUAUGAAGAUCCUUCCUUACCUUAUUGGCCUUGAAAACUCUGAUUAGCCCCAUUUUUUAACAUAAACAACAGUGGGAUUUCUUGGCUGGAGGCUGGGCCUUUUUUGAUCCAAAAGAUGACAGGGAAUUAGAAAUUAAAAAUAAUAAAAAUGCUGGAGGGUGAAUGAUCAUAUAUGCAGGUGUGGCAGAUAUCUUCACUGAAAUGUAUGAAAUUUGAACAGCAAAAGGAACAGUAUUUAUUUACUUAGAAAAGGGCAGGUUUGAUGUCUUGUUUUCCUAUUUACAUAAACAAAUCUAGAUCGAUUUAGCUUUAAUCAACAGCAUUGACCAAAAUUAAUAGGCUUUAUUGAAGGAAGUGAUGUACAUACAUGGGACUGAUCCAAGUGUGCCACUAUAGCUUUGAUUUUAAUAUCACAGCAAUUGGCACUGCUGAAAAGAUAAGCUGAGUAAGGUAAAUCUGUUCACACAUUCGCCUGCAAAGUCAUCAAGGAAUGAGGACCUGGUUGUGCAUUAACCUAAAAUGCUCUACGGUUUGCCAGUAAUGUGGUCUAUGGCAUGAAACGAGUUGCUCUGUGCAUGUCUUUCUGUAUAUAAAAACAAAAAUAAUUAUCACCCCAGUGGUUUUCGCCAUGGCUUGAUAUCUAUUGUACUAUAUCUUUUUUUAACCUUGAACGAAGAUUACCGAAAUAGCUGAAACGGGCCUUUUAAAGCCAUCGGAAAAGCACCUCUGAUGCAAUGCUAUACACAGAUGCUUCAUUUUUCAGAUCUAUUUCCACAGUGUGUUCUUCUACACCCCAGUGCUAAUUCUGACCUCAGAAACACUCUCUAUCUACUAAUUUUCUCGUCAGCCUUUUCAAAAGCUCUUGCAGGGGCUCAACACCAAAAGCUUGAGGGUGUGGCCGCUGUGUGCCACCAACGAUUUCCUUCUACAAAUGCAGUCCGCAUUUUGCAUGAGUCAUGUUCCCCCCCAAGAAGGUCACCAAAGAAGUCCGGUUAAAAUUAGAGUGUUUUAUAGCUCCUAAGGCUAGCCUUCCUGGUUUCCUUCGAGCCAGUGGAAGUUUGCAAUCCUCUCUCUGCACCUUGAUCUGAACCCUGUGUGUGGGGUGUGUCUGUGUGUGUGUGUGUGUAUGUAUAUAUAUAUGUGUGUGUAUAUAUAUAUAUAGGUCUUACUCCUGAAGGGACUUAAGACAGGAGGGGUGCGCAGUUUUCCUGAGGCGACACCCAUUGAAACAAGAAGUGGCGGCUCCGCAGCAAACGGCGAAAGUGGUUCACUAGAGCCCAAGCCUGAAGAGCAAGUCCCCUUUUGACAGACCCCGCACCUAAGCAAACACGCACAAGGUUGCGCUCUCUCCGAACUGCUGCCUGUGCUGCUUUGCCCGGGGCAGUUUAAAGCUAUUUAAAGGGGCUUGGCUUCGGGGGAAACAACCGCCGCCGCACGCUUCGCUUGCAACCCGACCGGUUGCAGCGGCGGCGACUCGGCGAGGGAAGCCUUCCCUCAGCCCUUCCCCUCCUGGGGGACUCUUCGCCCUCCCUCCUGCCCGGAGAGGGCCUAUUGCGCGUCAGCCCCUUACAGCUUCUGGCUCCCGGGAGCGUUGGCUCCCGCCGGCCAAUAGGCGCUCUCGAUACUCAGCGCUUCGCCCAAUCGCGCGCUCCUUUGCUCCGCUGUCCUCAAGCUGCCCUGUUCCGUCUCCUCCUGUGAGGGUUUUGCAGCCGUGGCCGAUUCCUUCCCUGGCUGCCUUGGGCUCCGCUCUCUCCCCUCCGCCGUCAGUCGCCCUGGCUCGGCCCGUAGCCCUUCGGAGACACUGAGGAUGAGCUUGCGCGGCUCCCAGCGCGUGGCCUCUUGCGACCGUCCCAGCCCAUUCAUCUAGCGACUGGUGAGGGGGGAGGUGCUGCGCGCGCGCGGGGGGGGGAGACUCUGCUGGGGAAAAUGGGGGGAGGAGAGGGCGGCGGCGGGAGGGAAGGCAGGCAUGAAAUAACGUCCCGACCUCGUCCCCCAGCCUCCCACCCCGCCACCUCCGACCCUCGCCCAGGCAGUGGCCUGGGGGCUUCUGGCAGCUGCAUGGCAGGUAGGAAUUCAACAGGUGCAGACGGUCCCAGUAUGGGCAGGCGUUGAACGGAAGAGCUGCACCAAUUGCAUUUGUCCUCGCCAUGCAGUUGGUUUUUUUCCCAGACUGCAGAAGCUCUGCCAGAAAAAUAAAAGAUGGCAAUCUGUGGCCAAUCUGUGACACACACACACUUCUGGAAAACUGAAGCUGGACACCUGUAUUUUUAUAUAGGGGAAAAGAGUCCCUCGUCUCUCUCUCUCUCUCUCCCUCUCUCUCUCCACCUCCCCUCCAGAAGAAAUUGUAUAUGGAAAUAUAUUUUCUGGAUGCUUUUACACCUAGUUUGCAGGAUUGACUUUCAGGGCCGCUACUGUACCCUCUGGUUCCUUAACAUUUUGCUAAUAGGACUUGUAAUUUGAACUCCGCUGCAAAACUCUAUUGGGUAGUGUUGCUUUCAUUGGUUCCAAGGGCAACAUGCUGAGGGCCGUUUUGCAUGACAGUUUAUUUCUGACAGAUAAUGCUGAGGACACCUUCCCCUUGAAUGUUUACACUGUCUAGGUCAGGAACGCCUUGCUCUCCUUACUUUGAUUGUGGGAUAAUUUAUUGCACACACACUAGCAGAGCAGGUCAUCUCUGUUUAAUGGAAUGUACAGCUUAGAAAGAAAAGUACUGACAAUACAGUGAGCAAAAGGAAUCUAAUGUUCUUGGUUGUAUAGGCGGAGUUCAGACCUCUAAAUCUUGAUUGUGUAUGUCAGCUCUGAAAUGUUCACAAGAUGCCCCAAGUCUCUUAAUGAAUUAUGACAUCUCAUUGUUUUAUUUUAUUUUUUGUUGUUUCAAUAUUGCAUUGAUAAUUGAUUUUUAUGGAAUUGGACCUUGAAUUAGACCUGCAAUCAGUUGAAGAAUAAAAGCUAUACAUGUCCAACUUGCUGCUCACAUCAAUACAUUGACUGCAGCAUCCUGCAGCAGGUCCACAUCAAGUACAUUACAAUGGUCUAUUCUGGAAGUUGACAGAGAAUGGAUACCUGAAGCCAUACUAUCCCUGUUCAGAAAAGCCUGUUGUAAUUGGUGCACCAACUGAAGCUGGACAUAAGCACUCUUAGCCAUUAAAGUCACUUGGGACACAAAUGUUCAUAAUAAUAAUGUCCAUAAUGGUUCUAGAAGCGACCUGCAAACUACAAACCUGCUCUUCCAGGGGGAGUGCAACUGCAUCUAGAGCAGGUUAUUGAUAUCAAUAGGGUUGUCCUCUUCCCUAACAAAUGCCAUUAACCAGGUGACCAAGGCAGUUUUGAUUGCAAAACCAGGACUGAAUGCAGAUUUAAAUGGGUCUAGUUCAGUGGUUCCCAACCUUUUUUUGGCCAUGCCUCACCUAAGCAUCUCUAAAAUCCUGAUUCCCCCCCCAUGACAUAUAAUUCUUAUUAUUCAAAAAGUGAACUCCUUUUCAGUGGAGGAAGCCUAAAAGGCCAUUAACUGUUAAUAACUCAUUCUCAAAUUGUCCCCCUUAAAAAUCAAAUUGCCCCCCUGUGGGGUGUGUGCCCCAGGUUAGGAAGCACAGGUCUAGAUACACUGUUUCAUCUAAGCAUGCAUGAAGCUAUCCCACUAAAACCUUAUCUAUCACCUUGCCCAAGUAGUGAUGGGGGUGGUAGUGAUUAAAUGCAAAUUUGGAGACAAUGACAUCAAACCAGCGUUUUUCUGUAUCCCCUUCACACCUUGUCUAUUUCCUCUUGAGCCAUUUUCAACUGCUCCUUACAAUGGCCUUCCCCCAAACCUUGUGCACUCCAUGCAUGGUGGACUCCAUCUCUCAGUUCCUGCCAGUUUAGCCAGUAAAAAUGAUGAGAAUUGUAAUUCAGACUGUCUUGAGAGCAGCAGCUCAGCUAUAGUGGUGGUUUCAGAGCAGUGAUUUAAAAAUAACUCCUUGGGAAUGAAGACAUUGUGCUGAUUUUUGGAAGUCUCCUUUUUAUUGAACUUGAAUAUUCAAAGGACUAAAGGCAAAACCUUAGCUACUUGAUUAUUCCCUAGUCAAAAGCCUAAAAGCAUGAGAAGAAAGGAGUAGAGAAUUGAAUAUUGUAAGCAUGUCCAAUCCAAGAUUCUACUUCUUCCAAGUUGGCAACUCAACUGAGCAAGCAAUCUGAAGGAAGCAUAACAUAAGCCAUAUAAGCUAGUGCACUAAUAACUACUGAGAGUUCAACCUUAAGGAAAUUAAUAACUAGAAUACAGAAAAGGGAGGUGUGAGGAGGUCGAUGAAAUAAGUUAAUGAAAGUUAAGGAUUUGGGAAUAUUGGAUUUGUUUUUAAUUAGUUUGUUUAUUUUUGCUUUUUGAUUUUGAUGUAUUGUGUGUUUUGUUUUUUCUCUUUGAUUUUGGUUUUUAUUGAUGUGUAUUGUUUAAUUGCUAUUUUUGUCUAUUUUUUCUUUUUUUCCCCCUCUUGUUUCUCCCUUCUUUUUUCUCUGCAAUUUUAAAUUCUCAAUAAAUAUUAUUUUUAAAAAAAGAAAAGAGAGAGAGUUCAACCUUAAGGAAACAGGAUGCUGCCCUAUACUGAGUGAAACCGUAGGUCUUUCUAGCUCAGAAUUGCCUACACUGACUGGCAGCAACUUUACAGGUUUUCAAAUGGCAGCCUCUCUCGGUCCUACCUGGAGAUGCCAGGGAUUGAACCUGGUACCUUUUGUAUGCAAACAUGUGUUUUACUACUGAACCAUACCUCUUCCUCCAGAGUGCUUCUUCUAUAGGGCAAGAGCUUGCAUUGAUAGAAGCUAUUUGGUAUUGCUUUUUGACUUCCUGGGAUCCACAGUGGCCUGGGGCUUGAUCAGAGACUUCUUUGUUCGCAGUCUCCUCACUGUACCCUUACUGUUGUUUGUGGACAUCUGGGUGUUGUGGGGGCAGGGGGGGGAGGGUAGAGGCUGUGCCAAUGCCUGCUUAUAUUGUUGUGUUGCAUGGUUGUUGGCACUUUAAAUUGGGUUCUCUCCUUUAAUGGGUGGAAAGGACUGUGGGGCUGGUACAUAGCAUACUGUUGUUUGACAUUAGAACAAAUAAAUGAUUCUAGUCUUUCUUGCAUGACUGGCCACUCCUGUUUUUUCCCUAUUACCAUAUUACCUCCCCUUGGAGGAGCAGGUUUGUAGUUUGUAGGUUGUUCCUAGAACAUUAUUGACAUUUGUGUCCCAAGUGACUUUAAUGGCUAAGAGUGCCUAUGUCCAGCUUCAGUUGGUGCACCAAUUACAACAGGCUUUUCUGAACAUGGAUAGUAUGGCUUCAGUUAUACAUCUUCUGUCAAUGUAGGAGAUUACCUGUAUUUUGUUAAAUUAUUAGAUGCACACUUUCCUACCUUUUGAAGCAUCUGGUGUUGAUCAUAUUUGAGAUGAAUCGUAACUUUCCAGUAAAUGCUGGAAUUCAGCUUUCUUGCAUUUCCCCCCCAUGAGCUGAUCUGAUUGGAUAGUCAUUUUCGUUUUAAUGUUCAUGAUCCCUUGAAUUCUGCUUUGUAUUAAGAUUUCUUUUUGAUGUGUCUUACCUAGAGAUUUUUAGUUUUGUGCUCAUUUCCAUGACAUGUGGAUAUAUUACUGUUAAAUAAUAACCUAUUGCCCACUUCAUUGGCAAGGAAUGCAGGCUGGCUUACAGUGAAACAGAUAUGUGAGCCAACAUUUACAUGUUGAAUUUGUCUAUCACUAUUACACAACCUGUGAAGCAACAGAUAAGAGAGAACUGCUGAGUCAAAAAUGCUUCAUGAUGUCAGCAGUUUACUUUUUUAUAGCAAGUUCCUAAAUAGUACUCUGACUAAUGUUGUCCUGCCUUCCAGUUUGUUCCCUCUGUGCCCUUUACUGUCAACUCAACAAGUUAAGUAAGUGCUGCUAACCCACUUUUGGAUUGUGGAGUUUGGCAGUUACAAUACAUUAGCUGUAUGUUUUGUCCCUUCAAACUGCCCUCCCCAAUUGAGAAGUAUAGUUUUGAAAGGGAGGCAUUUAAGUUUUAACUUGACAGCCAUUGAAAUAAGUGAUAAAAUAUGCUUGCCAUUAUAAAUCUUAGUGCUGCAGAUGUUACAGAGUGUGUGUGAAUUAUUAAUAUACAAUAUAAUUCAUUGCAAAUUGACAGGCUGUCUUUGGCAUUUGAUAGUUUGGUUCCACUUCAAGUAUUUGAUGGUUAUAUAACCAAUAUUUAAUAUUCUGCCCUUUUCCUCCAGUAGGAUGAUAACACUCAGUGGUUCUUUGAAAAUAUCAUAGUUGAUGGGGUGAAAUAUUUCUAGAUCAAUACUAACUAUGAAGUUUGAGAGUUUGUAGUGAAAAUUACCAAAAUUUAUGUUAGCCAUGCAUAUAUAUAAUGUUAUUUCUACAUUGCCCAUGGAUUUUUUUAAUCAAGUGGUUUAUAAUUUUAUAAAUAAAUACAUAUAAGCCUACAUGACCACAGGGAGAAGAGCAGAGAGAAAAAAUGCCAUGGUGCAUCUGUAACAGUGAAACUGGACACCUUCAUCUGCUCCAGCUGCUAUAAAACAUCUCUCUCCCAUAUUGGUCUCUACAGCAACAGUAGGCACUGUAACUCUCCAGCAGUUUGAAUUUACCCCCAUUGGUGCGCUCUUCCAUUGUCUCUCAAGACAGAUGGAUGCCAACAACAUGCCUACAUAAUUUGAGAGCUGGCUAGUAUAGUGGCCGACAGAGUGUGGGGGUACAGGUUUCUCACAGACAGAUGCACAGAGCAACUUCAUUUGCAAGUACACUUUAACAUUAAAAAUUAGUGAAGGCAGCUUCUUGUGAAAUGCAAUCAGUAAGCACACAUAUCACUUCAAAAAUUAAAAAGAACAGGUUUUAGCCCAAGUCCUUUUUGCCUGAUUAAACAUGAGGCCAGGCAUAUAAAGAAGCAUAAAGAAAACAUUACCCGUGUGAGGUUUAUGUACUUCGUGUCACAUUUAAACCUGUUUGUAGGUGUCUACUUAGUUUAAAUAGAACACCAAUUGCAUGAAAUCCCAUAUGGGUACUCUGUGUGUGUGUGUGUGUGUGUGUGUGUGUGUGUGUUUACAUGCUGGUGUCAUAUUUAAAAAUGGACACGAGUGUGUGAAAUAUGAGGCAGGGCAAGCCAGAGACCAUAUAAAACUUGAAACAAAUAUGAUGAUGAGUUGCAUCAGGCACCAAGCCACAACUGCUGGUAAUGAGCAAGUAAGAAAAGUCCCUAGUUAGAGUCUAUUUCUCUUACAUGUCUGGCAAUAGCCUCUUGAUUGCUUUGCAGUUUUGGUCACUCAGUUUUAAUUCAGCAUUUGAAAUUUUGUUUCUUCUACAUGAAAACUCGUAUUCAGAGGGAUACUGCCUCCAACAGUGGGGGCAGAACAUAGCCAUCAUGGCUAGUAGCCAUUCUGAAUUUGUCUGUUCUAAAUCCGUCCACGUUGGUGUCCAUGACUAUAUCUUGUGGGUGUUUAGCUAAGCACUGUGUGAAGAAGUACUUGAAGGAAGAGCCAUAGCUCAGUAUUAGAGCAUCUGCUUUGCAUACAGAAGGUCCCAGGUUCAGUCCUCAGCAUCCCUAGGUAGGGCUGAGAGAGACCUCUGUCAGAAACCCAGGAGAGCCACUGAUGGACCAGUGGUCUGACUAGGUAUAAGGCAGCUUCCUUGGUACUUUGUUUUGUCUGCCCUAAAUCACUCAGCAUUCAGCUUCAUUGGAUAUCCUUGAAUUCUAAUAGUGAGAGAGGAAGAAAAAACUCCCUAUCUGUUUUCUCCAUACUGUGCAUCAUCUUUGCCUUUCUAUCAUGCCCCUCCUUAUUUGCUUCUUUUUUCAAUUAAGAAUCCCCAAAUGUUGUAACUUUGCAUCAUAGGGAACUUGUUUCACCCCUUGAUCAUUUUAGUUGUCCAUUUAUGAACUUGCUCCAGCUCUACAGUAUCUUUUUUGAAACAAACAUUAUUGAGACUUAGGAGUCAUAGAGUGAGAUACUUUAUUAAAGCAAUUAAAGCAUAAGAUACUGAGAUGGGUUUACUUUCUGUUUUCUAUAAGUUCAGUUGUAUGUUCAGUUAUAUGUAUGUCACUUGUUGCUCAAGUCUGAAAGCCAAAGUUGGAAGGGGGAGAUAGAGUUAAUAUUGCCUGAGCAUCAUGUGAUUUAUGAAAAUUUUGAACAGUGCAGUGAUGAACAAAGUUAACUUGCGAACAUAAAAAUGCAAACAAGGUAUGGAUGUAGUAUAUCUCCAAAAGCAAGUUCAUAUAAUAUGUCAGUAAAUUAGUUAGUGAAUAUGUAGUACCUGGGACAAAGAUUAAAUAUACUUAAAUGCCUGUAUAAAUAGAAUAGAAGCAUGUAGUUUAAAUCUUGUUUAUUUCCAUAUCUUUUUUUUAAGAAAAAAAAUGUUUUGGUACUUAUUAUGUUUUUAUUUAUUAAAUUUGUCAGUCACCUUAUCUUGCUCAGGGCAACCCAAAGCGACUUACAGUCAAACACAGACAAUGAGCCCCACAUUGAUACUGUGCUUUCAAACCAAGAGGAAAGAGAAAUACAUUAAAAACAUCCCACUUCUGAAAGGUCACUGUCACAGAUAAUUAAAGGCCAAAGGCCUGGUUAUAAAGAAUAGUUUUUGUCUGGCGCCUAAAGGUAUUCUCUUUGCCAGUGAGGGAUGGGGGCGGAGUGGAGUUUCACAUAAAUUCCCAAUUUGCAUCUGUAUUGGAAUUGUUUAAGAUGUUGUUUUGUUUUUGUUUUAUCCAUUCUUUGCUGCCCUCAUCUCCUUUAAGAGGGAGGCCAGGAAAAAAUAAUCAAUUAAUAAAUCCUUGAAACACAGUUGCUGAUAUUCAGAACGUUUCCUAAUCUCAUUUUUCUCCCAUUUCUCUUCUUGCAGAUCUCCCUUGCAAUUAUGGAUAUCUGAAAGAACCAGCCAGUGUGGAGGGGGAAUCCCCCUCCUCACACCUUUAUUGCCUUUUGGAAAUUUUUCUUCCUUGACUAUAAUACGGUAUUUUGUAGAUAAAGAAAUGAACUCUUGAAUUUAUAUCGAUGAAAAUAUUUAUUUUUUUAAGUGCCAAGCCUUAACAGCACAAUAAUUCCCAUGGCAGCUUUCUGCAACUGAAUAAAGACUGUACCUAAAUCAUGAUUUUCUUGUGAAGAAGGGGCACAAAGCAGAGUUCCCUUGUGUGUGUUUUACAGGGGUUUCUCUUGUACAGUGGAGUAGUGCAGUAAAGCGUAAGAUGAGUUCUUUGAUGCCUGACUGUACGUUGAAGUGUCGAUCACUGCAGCAUGCUUUGGAUAUUGUUUCUGUCAUAACUCAAGGGAGUGAAGGCCAAAUCAAGGCCUUCCUCACUUCUCACUGCUACAAUGCUGCAACAAGCAAGGAUAUCUUUGGCAGGAACGCCCUUCAUCUUGCCUCUUCCUGUGGUAAGAAAGGGGUGCUAGACUGGCUGAUAGAAACAAAUGGAGUGGAUUUGUUAGCAAAAGACAAGGAGUCGGGAUGGACAGCUUUGCACCGUGGCAUUUUCUAUGGUCAUAUAGACUGUGCGUGGUCGCUACUGAAGGUUGGUAUUUUGCAAUUCAUAGUUCCGUUAUGAAUAUGCAUUUGGCCUCAUGAUUUUAGGAACCAAGCGCUGAGCAAAAUCAGACUGUACUGUAUAUAAGCAGUUGGAUGGACUCCAGUGUAGUGCUCAGGUGAACUUUAUGUUAGUGCAAGCAUUUAUUCUUGUGCAACAGAACGUUCUUUCUCCUGGGGAGGGAAUGUGGGGAGAAGCAAGGAAAAUAACCACAAGUGAAAAUCCUUGCGCUGAUAGAAUGCCGCCCACUUCUGCCAAAUCCCAUGUGGUCAUUCUUUCAGUUGCACAUAUCUUUUUAUCAGGUUGUCAUGGUUUGUUCAAAUAAAAUCAAACUAGAUUGUUCUGUUGAAUAAUAUGUAGGGGGAAAAUCUUAACAGGAAGCCUUCUGUGUAAUGUUUGAGUCUGAUGUCAAAACAAAUCAUUCCCUGCCACUGCAGGCAAGGUGGAGGCAAGGUGAACUACAGAUAGCUUCAGGUUUGCUCUAGGUUUUUGUCUGUUUGUCUCAUUGUUUUCUUUUUGAUCCAUUUGAAGUUGUUUUCAGCUGAAGAACAGUUCUAGGUUCUCAUUGUUAGUCUUCUCUAAACUGGUCUCCAAAUGUUUUGGACUGCAUUUCACAACACAGUUGUGCCUCCUGAGACAGAUGGGAAUUGUAGUACAAUGUAUCUGAAGAGCACCAGGUUGGGCAAGGCUGGUGUAGGGCUUUAAAUGUAACUAGCCACAAUUUGAAUUGUUCUUGCUUCCUUUUUUUGCUACAAUUAUUUAUAUCCCUCUUUUCACGAUACAUGCUCUAACCAACUGAGCUACCUAGCUAUCCAAAUAAUUCCAAGGCAUCUUACAAAUAAGGAAAUACAUUAAUGCAAUGCAAUAAAAAUAUAUACAUAUAAACACGUAAUUAUCACGUUCCUUCCCAUAGAGCACUCGAUGGCAGAAGGCCCUGUGAGAGAAGCAGAUCAUUCAGCUGAGCCAUGCGCAGAGGUGGCCUUUGCUUGCCUCUCUCAGGAUCUUUCUCAUAGAUCAGUUGCCUCCUCAGCUGUUGUUGGACUACAACUCCCAUCGUCCCUUUCUACUAGUCCUGCUAGCUAGGGAUGAUGGAUGUUGUAGUCCAACCACAUCUGGGGACCCAAGUUUGAGAAAAAAUUACACAGAUCGUGUGUCAGUGGACCCCUUUAAGCUCAACAAGAUAUGUGCCCAGUGCCUACAUAAAGUUAGCCUAUCAGCUGUCUUCAAAGGCAGCUUACAGCAUAUAACACAUUAGACCCGUCUGAGGAGAACUGGGUGGUAUAUCUAGAGGUGCCUCAGCUGGUAGAAGGAGCGCCCUUCCAUCGUCAGACUAUGAAUCUGAUCUUUGGAGGGAGUCCCUCAUCCCCCAACCAAAACAUAAAACUGUUCACCAAUAAUACCUGUGUCUUGGCAGGAUGGUGCUUCAGUUUAUGAGUCUAUUGGAGGUUUCAGACACCUAUAAAAAUAUGAAUGAGCUAAUUUAGAUUGGAAGAUGGAUGAAAUAAGAAAAGAAACCAGAUUAUCAGUUUUCACUUCCUCUCCUCUUUCUCUCCUCCCUUUGCUCUCAGCAUGGUGUCAACUUGUAUAUGCAGGAUAAAGAAGGCUUGUCUGCUUUGGAUCUUGUAAUGAAGGACAGACCAGCCCAUGUCAUUUUUAAGAAUACAGGUAUGUCACCAUAAGAGGAUCAUUAUGCUUACUGAUACUUACUGUACAGAUUUGAACAUGAAGAAAUAAAUAUAUUUUGAACAUGCAGAAAAAAGCUAUAUUUUAGAAAAUGUAUGUUUUAUGAAGUGCAGUGCAAUGUUAGGUGUUGGAUGCUGGGGUUGCCUCUCCUCUGAAUCCAUAGGGGCCUAAAUCGUACCUUAAAACAGCAGGUUGAACCUACAUUUAUUGAAAUUGUGUGUGUACAUGCAUGCCUGUUGGUACUUAAGCUAUGUUCAUUGACUUAGUUCUCUUCCAUAUAUAUCUUGAGAAUGUUGGGAUUAUGUUAAACUAUGUAAAUGCUCAGGUAUGUAAUUUUGUUGUAAUAAAAAAACUGAUAGUCUUGAGUUUUCUAGGCCUUUUGCCUAGUUUUGCAGGAUAUCUGGAAAGAAUCCAUUCAACAGAAAGUAGAAGUACAUUUAAAAUAAUGCAUCGUGUGCAUAUGUGAAUGAGGAUUCAAAUGGAAGUCAUGAUUUGUGUUAGAUCCCACAGAUGUCUACACCUGGGGAAACAAUAUAAAUUUUACUUUGGGACAUGGUGGUCAACAGAGUAAACAUCAUCCUGAGCUGGUGGAUCUCUUUCCUAGGAAUGGCAUUUAUAUUAAACAGGUAAUUAAUAUAUAUACACAUCAAAACAUGCUGGAUUAGCAUGGUAAACUCCCUCAAGCCCACCCCCCUUUCAAAGCAUUUAUUUCAAAGCAAAUAUAGGGCUUAGUCCCAGGUCUUAGACCUUAGAAUCCCAGUUGAUCAUGUGUCUUUGCUUCACUUCUGUCCUCCAUCCUCUUCCCCUCUUUUUCUGUGACUUACAAAGCAGAAACAGCCCAUUCCCUGCUUCUGUUCUUCCACCCUCUCUCAAUACACCUGGCAUUAAAUCUCAAUAGCUGGUGUGGGUGGGAAAGCAAGCAGCCUCAGCAUCUUCUCUAGUCUCAUCAGUUGGUUUGUUAGCGUAAGUACAUGCCUUUCAGCAUUUCCUUUUCCGAAGAAAAUCUGGUUUAAUUACUGGAAUUUUCUCUGCUCCUUUUGUUAGUUCAUUAUAUAUUACUUCAUGGUGAUGAUAAUAAGUAAUGUUAAUUCAUGAUGCAGCUCAAGUAACAUUGUUAAGGACCUUUUCCUCUCUCUCCUUUAGGUGGUUCUAUGUAAAUUUCACUCCGUGUUUCUUUCCCAAAAAGGACAAGUAUACACAUGCGGACAUGGUCAAGGAGGACGCUUGGGUCAUGGUGAUGAACAGACUUGCUUGGUAUUUUAAAACAAAUUAUUAGGUUAUGAAAAAGGAAACUGGUUUCAAAUAUUGUAUUUGGCCCACAGAGCCAUCUUUUGUACAUACACAGGGUUUUUAAAAUUUUAAGUAAUUCCCCUGCAGUGCUUCAAAAACUGCUUUUGACACACUGUCAGAAGUAGCUGCUACUUUAGUGCAGUAUGUAGCUGCUGUUUUAACAAGAGAGCUAAAAGCAUCAUUGUCUAUGCAAAUUGUUUCAUGUUCCGAUCUUCUGCAGAGUUCUGUGUUGCUGAAAAUCAUAUUGCUUAUGAUUUUCAACUGAGUACCCUCUAAAUUAUGCCAUAUUUAAACCAAAUUGGAACAAUGCUCGAGGAUAACAUAUUGUUUUAAUUUCACAAGAAAUAAACUAAAUUCUCCUGAUCCCUUGGUUAAGGGGGUUGUGUUGGUUUUGAGUUUAACCAUGAGUGACUGAGGACUCAGCUAGAUUGGUAAAGAAAAAGUGAUUUAUAUGUGUAGAUUGGUAAAGAAAAAGCGGUUUAUAUGUGUUGUAUAUGCGAUAUAACAUUUUGUCACCAGAUGGCACUGUGGAGUGCCAUUUUUCUCUUCCUGUUUUCCCUGUUUCAGUUUACAACGUGUUUAACUGAACACUUCUUUGAUGUGUCUAGAUCUAGCCUAAGUGACUUUGAUUUUAAAUGGAUUCAAACUUUUGCCAUCAGUUGAAGCAUGAUUAGUGGAGACCACAAAUUUUGAACAGUUAUAAUGGCCAGCUGAAGUGUAUACAGUGGUGCCCCGCAAGACGAAUGCCUCGCAAGACGGAAAACUCGCUAGACGAAAGAGUUUUCCGUUUUGGAGGUGCCUCGCAAAACGAAUCUGCUAUGGGCUUGCUUCGCAAGACGAAAAUGUCUUGCGAGUUCCUGGGUUUUUUUCCCCCUUUUCCCCCUCUUUUUCUAAGUCGCUAAGCCGCUUAUCUGCUUAUCCGAUAAGCUGAUAAGCUGCUAAAAGCCGCUAAAAGCCGCUAAAAGCCGCUAAAAGCCGCUAAUAGCGCUAAUAGCGCUAAUCCGCUAAUCCCAUCAAUGGGCUUGCUUCGCAAGACGAAAAAACCGCUAGACGAAGAGACUCCCAGAACGGAUUCUUUUCGUCUUGCGAGGCACCACUGUAAAUAUUUCAAAAUGGAAAUAGUUUUUUAAGCCUGGAGGAUUCUAGUGCAUAUAAAUAGUAAAGCUUCUGGAUUUUUUUAUUAGAGACGUUUGUGUGUGUCACCUAAUAUAUUUUACGAAAUGGUUUUGCUUUGUUCCUGACAAAGUUGAUGUACGUCUUGACUGAGGGAGGCAUGUCUGAAACACAGGUGCAAUAUUUUCUUAAUCUCUCUUAGAUUCCCAGACUUGUGGAAAGCUUGAUGGGUCACCAGUGUUCUCAGGUGGCAGCAGCGAAAGAUCAUACGCUUGUUUUAACAGAAGAUGGAUGUGUGUAUACAUUUGGCCUGAAUACUUUUCAUCAGUUGGGUGUUCUUCCUCCUCCCCCUAAUUGUAAUGUUCCCAGACAGGUAAAAUGGUCUUUUUAAUAAUUGGAUAGUUUUGGCAUGCCUGUAAAUUAGGGAUGGAUGUGUGCACAUGUUCCCAUGUGUACAUGCUGGUCAGUGCUAGAUAUACUGCUGCUGCUUGAUAGAUGAUAUCUAUUGCUGUUGCUGGAAAAAAAAUAUUUCAGAUUGCUUAAGAGAAACAUCAGAUGAUUAAUCACCUGGACGACUCCAUGGCAGUGACUUAUUCGUAGCCUACACAAUCCUUUAAAUGAGGAAUGUGCAUUUUUCAACAGUACUUGGCAGCAUUGCAUGGCGGUCUAAACUAGUAGCAGCCUGAAUGUUUCUGGAUUACAAUUCCUAUCAUCCUUCACCACCACCCAUGCUGGCUGGGGAUGAUGGAAGUAGUAGUUCAACAACACUUGGAGCACACCAAGUUGGUUACCCCUGGUCUCAGCCAAGAAGUGGCCAACUAGCUGAUCCCUUGCUGUGGUUUAUUUCUACCUUUUUCUGUGGGACUGCAUCAAUGAAAGUGAGCAGUGGACCUAUUCCUAAUCUUAACUGAAACUGCAGGUGGAAUUUCCAAAGAGAGUGAGAAUAAAAAUUUACUGUAUCAUGGAAAAGUUACCUAACUAAUAAUUGUAUUAUCAAUCUCAAGAUCUUAGGAUGGGGGGGGGGGCAACAGUUCAAACUAACACAGUUUCAAAGUGUCUUCAAGGCUAUAGGAUACACACUUAGUAUUUUUACUGCUCUGUCCUAUUCUAGUUGCCAAACAAACCUCUGUGUGCUUUUGAUUUCAUUGUUAAAAGUGAGCAGAUCAGGCGGCUAAAACAAAACAUUAAACUACAAAACAAUUGGUGCUUGCAACACUGUGGCAAAGCACCUAUGAAAACUGCCUGUAACAACUUAAGCAACCUGAAGGCCAUUGGAAACUGUUAAAAGCCAAGUAGAAGAGAACCAUUUUUAUGUCACACCUGAAACUCAAGAGACAUUGCCGAGUGACUUUCACUGAGAAGAUGGUGGAGAGUCUCCACUACUUGUCAGUUUGCUACUGGACCAGGUUUAAAGUUUGGGUAUUAACAUUCAGGGCUCUGAACAGCUCAGGACCUGAUCUGCCACUGAGAUCAUCAUCAGUGGAAGCCCUCCUGGUUGUCAUGGCUUUUUCCGUGUUGAUGUCAUCCUCUGGAAUACCUUUCCUCUAGAAAUAAAACAUGUGCUGACUCUGUUACAGUUUUGGCACACGCUGAAAAGCAUUUUGUUCCUCUUGGUGUUGAAUGGCUUAUGAUGCCGGCCAUUGUGGUUUUAAGUAUUUUGGCACUGAUUAUGUUGUCGUGUUUUUAACUGUAGUCUGUAUUGUUACAUUGCUUUUAUUUCUUUAUUUUAAAUAAGAACAUUGCUGUCCCUUCUGUCAAUAGCUAGAGCACAGCAGUAAAUACUUGAUAAUAAAAACUAACACCUGUGUAUGUUUGGAUUUUUCAUAUAGGUUCAAGCAAAAAAUCUUAAAGGCAGAACAGUGAUUGGUGUGGCUGCAGGCAGGUUCCAUACUGUGCUAUGGACCAAAGAAGCGGUAUACACAAUAGGACUGAAUGGCGGACAGCUAGGUGAGAGAGGGAGUUUUACAUCUAAGGUGAUGGCUGGGGGAAGAAGAUUAUUUUAAACAAAACAUUGCCAUUCCUUUAAGAAGCAGCUUAAAAUCUCCUUGUUGCUUUACUAAGAUUAGCUCCCUCUGUCAAACACCUGUAUUUUGCACCAGUGACUAUUUAGGAAUUCAUAUAUUGACUGUAAAGCUAAAUGUAUUUUGGGUACUAGGGAUUCAGACCUCAAUAUACAGUACUCAUAUGAAAAACCCAUUGUUAUUUGUCAAUACAUUUACAUUUUUCAACAAGAAUAAGUGAACUUAGCAAAUGCAUCCUCUGUUACAGUGGACCAGCUAAGUCUUUUUUCGUUUCCUUUGGUGCUAAACAUUUUAGAGGGCAAAUGAUGUGAACUUGAGUUUUAUUCCUUUGAAAAACCAAGGGACAUCUUAAGGGGAAAGUGAUUAUUAUCAGCUCACAUGGCUAUCUCAAAAUUUGAGACAAGGUCUCUUAAUUUAUUAGAAUUCAGAAUAGGUAGCAAAAUAUCUGGAUGUUGUCCUAUCUGUUAAACCUGUUAUGCUAGCUUAUAUUGUAAUAAUUGGCUUUAUUGAGCCUGUGACUUUGUAUUUUAUACUUUGCAUGGUUGGUUUGCUGACUAGUAAAUGCUGGACUGUCAGUUUUACUGAUAAAGCACCGAAGUUUUUAAAAAAAUGCCUUAAAGCAGAAUGGUUAAGUCAAACUCUCUCACACAAACAUGCAUGCACACUUGCACAAUCCUGGCAUUUCUGCCCCCUCACCAUUCCAGCCCUGAGUGGUGGUGGAGGGGAAAUCCUGCAAUGUACUCUCAGAGAGCCAAGUGAAGAGCUUUAUCUCUGAUUUCAGUGCUGUGGUGAUUAGCACUCAGAGAAAAGAUUGACUGCUUCUCAAAUCAGCCAGAGUGAUCUUUUAUCUCCAAAACAGGAGAUAAAAUGCUUUCUGUGUUCUCUAGAGAUCAUUCUCUGCAGAACAGAGCGAUUUAUCACCCAGAAUGAAACCAAAGCUGUGGGGGUGGAGGCACUGCCUGUGGCUUGCUGAACUGAAUCCAGACCCUACUUCCCCUUAGUCUAAAUGAUGCUGUUAAAAGCUCAAACUGGAAAAAGAUUGGACAGCACUCUGUUCCACCCUGUGGCAACUUGCUAGCUCUCUUUAUUCUCUCUGUCUCCACUGCCGAUACUGAAAUUCUUCUUUAAAAUGCAUACACGCAGAGGCCAUAAUUUGUUUUACAACAAAAAUUGCACGGUGUAAUUUUAUGCACAAUGUGAAAAUGCUUGGUGUGAGGACAUAGAGUCCUAUCAUAGAGUGAAAUGUUCUAAAUUGGCUUUGGCAUCUGAACUCACCAAAUACUCCUGAGUGAGCAAAGUAGUCAUAGAGUAAGAGGUGAGGUCCUCUUGAGGAUUGGGAACUGAUUAAGUAACAAGAAGCAGAGAGAAGGAAUAAAUGGACAGUUCUUGUAAGUGGAAGGAUGUCGAAAGUAGAGUUCCCCAAGGACUGGUAUUGGAGCUGUGCCUUUUAAAUUGCUUCAUAAAUGAUCUAGAGUUAAGGGUGAGCAGUCAGGUGGCUAGGUUUCCUGACAAUACUAAACUGUUCAGGGUUGUUAAAACAAAGGGAUUGUGAAGAACUCCAAAAGCACCUCAAGGCUGAGUGUAUAGCAGGUAAAAUGGUAAAUUACUUCAGUGCAAAAAAGUGUAAGGUGAUGCAUAUAGGGGCAAAAAGUAAAUCUUUUUUUUUUAAGAAUAAUUUUUUAUUAACCGACCAAUCACAUCAAAUCAAACCAAAUUACAUAAAUUCCAAAUUACACAGCCGAAUUUUAAACUUUUGUUGGGGGUACCCAUAUUUCAAGUUCCGAAGGGGAUCCAAUCAACUUCUUGCUUCUUACUGCUGUUUUAAUGUCCACAAAUCUAACCUUAUGAUGUUCACAGUACUAUCCAGUCCUUUCUUAAUUGUUUUUCCACAUCUCUUGUUGUUAUUUUCAUAUAUUUUUCCUUUCUCUUUGCUCUUUGUGACCUCUGAUAGUCUCCACAAGCUGGUUAGAACAGUUUGUAAUCCUGUAGCCAUAUCCAGACGUUUUCCAUAUAACAUCACUUCCAUACAUCAAAACAGUCUUAGCGUCAUUAAUCUUCACCAAUCUGCCUCCUUUCUCAAAACCUCUGAGGAGAUUCACCAGGAAUGCAGUCUGAAAACAGGUCCGUUCCUCCUCCCGGCCAUAAAUCCUUUGGCAAGAUGGCGACUCCGAAUUAAUUGCUGCGCCAUUCCAAAAGCUCUUAUUGCUUCUCGAUCUCCGUAAAGAAUACUUUUGGUUAAAGUUUAUCUCCACACAGACCUUAAUCAUCCUGCUUGGGUCAGUUCAACCGACGAUUCUAAUGAGGAGGGGUUCUUGUAAAUCACAUAGAAAGAAAGUAAAAAAGGUUCUCCCCCCCAUUCAGUCCCGUUGUCAACAUACCCAGCCUUUGGUGUAUCUUCAUCGUAAAAUAUUCCUGUUUCUCCAACCCGUCGUCGUCUUUCGCAGAGGUCACUUAAAUUAGCAGACUUCAUUCCCCCUCUUCACUUGAAAUAUGUGCAUUUGUUUCUUUUGUAAUUAAUUAUUCCAAAUUGCUGCAGCUAGUGCGCGACCAGAGACAGCGUCCAGGAGAGCAGAGGUCCACACGGGGGCAUUCUGCCUAGGGCCCUCACCCCCUUCUUUCGAAUUAGGGGGUGAUUUAUGGGCACAGCAGGCAAGGGCAGUGUUCCCCAUUUCCUUGGGGCAACAAGGGAGGCUGCCUACUCCCAUAACAGCCUCUUAAUUACCCCGUGUGGGUCGGAGAGAUGGUAUUGUCGGCCAUCUUCCAAUGCGCCCCUAGUGGCCCCCCGGCAAAAAGUAAAUCUUCAUUUCACGGGCUGCUGGUUCCUCCGCCACCCACAGCAGCGGAGGAGGAAGGAACAGUUUGAAAGGGCUCCUUUCGGGCUGCUUCUUCCUCCUCUGCUGCUGCUGACAGCAGCAAAGGCGGAAGAGGAGGAAGAAGGAGCAGCCUGAAUGCAGCCCUUUCGGGCCGCUCUUCACUCAGCCGCCGCCUCUGCUGCUUGCAAGAGCAGGUGUAGGAGCCCGGUUGGGAGAGGCGCAGCGUAGCACAGCGCCUCUCCCAACCGCAGCUCCUGUGCCUGCCCUUGCGAGAGGUAGGUGGUGGGACUAGUGGCGAGAAAGGGCUCCUUUCUCACUGCUCGUUCCGCUGCCACCGCCUGCCUCACUCGAGUAUAAGCCAAGGGGGGCUUUUUUAGCAUAAAAAAUAUAAAAUAUAUAAAAAAUAUGCUGAAAAAGUCGACUUAUACUCGAGUAUAUACGGUAUCUGUACUUUGGCAGGGAAUGCACUGAUUUAGUGUAAAGCAGCUUCAUAUGUUGACCUACAUUUAUAAACUAGUUUCUGAUGCUCCAGAAGUUUGUGUGUGUGUGUGUGUGUGUGUGUGUGUGUGUGUGUAAAUAUGAAUUGACAGCACUUGUUUCUGUCCUUCUUUUGAGUAGGAAAACUAUUGGGCCAAUUAAUCAUGAGUCUGAAAAAGUUGGCAUUGAAAGUGUUCUUUUACAUUGUAGGAUACUUGCUAGAUCCUAACGGAGAGAAGUGUGUAACUUCACCUCGCCAAGUCUCUGCUCUGCAUCACAAAGACAUUACUAUGUCCUUUGUCGCUGCAAGUGAUGGUGCCACAGUUUGUGUUACUGAAAGAGGAGAUAUCUAUUUGCUCACCGACUAUCAAUGCAAGAAGAUUGCUUCCAAGUGAGUGCUUUUCCUCAGAAAAAAAAUCUAUGAAUUUACCCUUGUUAGCUCAGCCAGGACACUGAGGUCCAGCUCUUAGGGCCUUCUUGCGGUUCCUUCAUUGCAAGACAUGAAGCUACAGGGAACCAGGCAGAUGGCUUUCUCAGUAGUGGCGCCCACUCCCAGCUUAGUAUGUUCCUCCUUUUUUGCUUCUUUUCAGUGCUUCUUUAUAGAUUAUGAUGUCUUACAAUGCAAAGCGGGUUUUAUUUUUGUUCUUUAUGAAUAUAUCUUUCUAACAUAUUUAUGUGGCAAAUAUGUUUCACAUGUCACAUAGUUUGUAUGAACUAUUGGGCAAUAUGUUAGUAAGAGGGCAGGGUCAAAUCAUAGAAUCAUAGAGUUGGAAGAGACCACAAGGGCCAUCGAGUCCAAUCUUGUGAUGAAUCUUGUCCUACGGUCAAUAUAAUGGUUUUAGCAUCUGUGAUAGUCUGGUAGCAGUUGCUUGUUUGUAGCUUCUUUAACAGUAAAGUUGUUAGGUUUGUUCUUUAUGUAAAUGUUUCAUUUUCUUUACAAUUUUGAUUUGUGUGUAUUUUGUGUAAAUGAAGCUCUCCUUGUAUUGUGAUUGUCCAGGCAACUAAAUCUAAAGAAGGUUCUUGUUAGUGGAGGCUACUUGGACUACAGAGUGGCUCCUGAACACCUUAAGGAAAACGGAGGCCAGAGGAUUUGUAUUCUUGCACUGGACCAAGCGGGAAGAGUAAGUUGACCAGUACUGUGCCGCCACCCACUUUAUAAAGUGUAAAGGCAUACCUUGAAACCACUUUAUGUUUAUAGCAUGUAACUUAGUUAUGCAUUGUCACUAAAUUCAAAUGUAUUUGUUUGCAGUAGUGACAUGUAAUGCCUCUCCAAGGGAUGAACAGAUCAGUCUAUUCAGUCCAUAACAGAUUUACAAAUGUUUAUUCUUAAGUCCAUUCCAUUCUGUUUCUGCAUCUUCUGCAAAUGAUAAACAUAAGCACACACAAAAUUUAGUAUUUUUGUAUAGUUUUCUACUAAAUAGGUAUUUUUGAAUGAAUUUUAUCCUAAAAUAUACAUUUUAUAUACACAAUUUUUUCAUCCCAUCACUGUGUUUUGAUCUGAUUAGUCCAGGAAGUGUGAUUCAGGGCCCUUGACUUAAAUGGACCAAACAAAAUUAUCAAGCGUUCCUCAUCUGCUCUAGCUUUUUCCUCACACAAGCUUGUCUAAAUGUGACUAAUGUCACACAUAGUUCGGCCCUUAGAUCAAGUCUGCAUCUCUGUCUACCGAAAACCUUUUGCUGUUCAGCUGUGAGGCGGUUUGAUCACUUUUACUUAAGACUGAAAAAGCAAACAAAUUUUGCAAACUUUCAGGUGGUGGUGGUGGGGGACUUGCUGACAAAGCUGCUUUCUUUGAGGAUCUGAUUCACAGUAGAGUUUAGCAUGAGGAAGUUGGCCAUACAGCCAAUCCAGCAGCAUCUUUACCUGCCCCAUACCUCUCACGAAUGUCAUCAGGUGUGGGCCAGGUGGGCAUGGUUAGGGGGAAUUCAGUUUGGGACCUGUUCCAGGCUAAAUUUGGCUCAUGGGCCAGAGGUUCCCCACCCCUGCUUUAGGGAAGCAGGACAACUCUAGCUUAAAAUUGUGUAAAUCUGUAUGAGGACAAAACAGAUGGUGAGCAAAUCCCCAAAUAGGUUGCGGAAGCAGGAGUAGGCGCUAGUAGCUUCUUGGUGCAUAAAGAAUUUAGUUUAAAGCAAUUAAAGAAGGCAGGGGGCUAAAUUAUUGCAGAAAUGUGUAAACUGCUCUCAUUCUCUCCUCUCCCUACCCCACACUCCACAAAUCUUUAGGUGUUUUGCUGGAAAUCUGCCAACAAUCCUUUGAAGCAGUGCCGGUGGGUGUAUGGCCGCCAAGUCUACAUGUCUGAUAUUUCUUUAAACAGGAAUGAAAUUAUGUUUGUUACACAGGAUGGUGAAGCUUUCAAAGGAAAGUGGAUGGAGGGGAACAAAAAUUCGGAGAAGAAAGGUAAGUUAAGUAGAUUUUUGAGUGUGCUAACUUUGGCUGAAUGGAAGCAGUUGCGAGAGCAGUUUUGGGUCAAUCAGUGUAAAUGUGAACGUGAACACACAAUAUUUUUUUUCCUGAGUUAAAACAUAAAAAUAAAAAGGAGAUGUCUACAGUUGUACUACUCAAAGGACACAGGAAUUCUAACAAGGGGCUACAGAGGUGCAGAGUGGCUGAUCACUGCUUCUUGCACUGGCCAGGACAGAAAGCGGGUGUGUGUGUGUCAGUUCUUUGUUUUUGAUCUGCCAACUUUAGGUUGACAUAGCUGGACCCCUUGGCUUUGGAUCCAAAGAAGCUGCGUCCCUGUCCUAGAAUGCCUCUUUUGCAGGGAUUUCCACUGGCCAACAUAAAGAGAAUUGCUGGCAAUAUUUUCCCACCCACGCUCCUUCGCUGUAGUAGAGCUUCCCUCACCAGUAGCAUUCCUCUCUGCCAGCAGAGGAUGGUGGGGAGAAAUCUACACACGACACAUACACACCCAACCUCAACAUGGGGGUAGGGGAAGGAUCACAUUCUAAAUCUAGCACAACUUGCGUUGUUUUCCCUUCCUACCCCUUCUCCAUAACAACUAUGAAUAAACACAUCGCUGAGUAUAUUGGUUGUAAUUUGUACCUUUUGUAAUGGAAUUUUAAAAACAAGUUUCUAUAGCAUUGGUCUUAAGGCUUCUGUGUGGGCAUGGGUUUUAGAGUCUUACCAAAUUAUGUUUUUUUUAUUAAAAAGAAAGUUUGACAGGAUCUUAGUACUUGUGGGUUUUGGGGGGGUCCUUUCUUUUGACUUUCUAACAAUAGAAGCUUGUGGCCUCUAAGACCCACAGACAGAGGACUAAGCUAAUUGUUGUGGGGGAAGGCAGUAGGACAGUCCCAUGCCCAGGAGUUAACACCACGAAGAGGGGCAUUUAAUUUCUUCUCCUCCAACUACAUUGUUAGUGCCAUAACGCUGUAGCACUACAAAGACUGAAGUAUCAGGACUGGCACAGGUCCACUUAAAGCAUGCAAAGGGAGGAAUUAAAAAGCCUGAGGUUCAAAAAUUUUAUUUGCAGUAGCUACCUUCUGUACCUUUUCCAGACUAAUAGAGAGCUUUUAAGUAUUUUCUCUUGCCUGCUCUUUUCACUGAUUUAAUCUUCAAUCAGGUUAUUUUAUAGGUAUAUCUUCUUAUUCACCCUGUCCAAACAAAUUAAUUAUCCAGUAGACUUUUUGUAGCUCUAACAGGGCUUUCUAAUGUUCUGUUUCUAUGGUAGGUGUAUGCACGAAAGGAUUUGAGGGUAUUUGUUCCUUUUCUUUUUCUUUUUUAGCCAACAGCAACAUUUUUCUUUCUCUGUUUCUCAGGAAUUUGCAGAAUUGGAGUGUUUAGUUAUUCUGCUUGCUGACACUGGACCUCCAAUUCUGCUAUUAAAAGGAAACACUGUUUUCCGCAGAGCAAAUACUAGUAACUAGUGCCAUCUAGUGCCAUCAGAGCAGUAUGCAAGCUUACAUAAAAGUGUCAGGGAAAUGAUACUCUUAUUUAAAUAAUGAUAAAGACAUGGGGCAGGCACACUUCAGCUUGUGGUAUCAGCUUUAUUUUACUAGAAUCACAAGAUUUACCAAAGUGAGCCCACUGCAAAAGGUGGAAUAGUUCUGAGCAGUUGCUGAGAAACGGAUUUUUGUGUGUCAAAACGGAGGUCAGCUCUGCACCCAGUCCUUUCGCACACAAAUCCAUUCAGGUUUCCCCAAGCUUAUUUAGUUCAAGGCGCAUGUUUGUGAGGAGGGCAUGUAUUUCAGUAGUUUCUCAACUUCCUUAAAAUUGCUGAGGGUCUUUGCAGACUGGCAGUUUUAAUGUUUUUUUCCCCUACUUGUUGUAGCAAUUGGAAUUCCAUAGACUUCAGAUUGUAAAACACUAAAAUACAAGAAGCAAUAAAAAUACAGUUUGAAUCAGUUUAAAUAUUCAGUCCAAUGGAUGUGCCACCUCCUAUUUUUAACCACAAAUCCACAGAUACACGACAGACCACCUGAUGAAACUCGUGGUUCAUGAGCCACAAUUUGAGAACCCCUAAUCUAUUGCAAAUCACCCAGAGAUCUAUCAGUAGAGUAGUUGGGCUGAUGAAAUUUAAAACAGUGAUUGCUGCAUAUGAAUACAACAUUCAGGAUGUUUUAUAGUCUUUAGUAGAGCUGGAAGUUCAACUGAAUGAUGUUCUGUACCAAAAUAUUUUCCAAAACUUGUAGAAAACUUAAAAUUAGUUUGGAGUUUAAACAGUUUGUGUAUGUACCACUGUAAAGACUUCAAACUAAUUAUAUGAUUGGUGGAUUUGUAUGAUUCAAUCAACAAAACAUUUUGAAUCUUUUUUUAAAAAAGGGGAUAUAAGAUUCCACUCUAAGAUGAUGAGAUUAUUUUUUUCACAAGGUCUUUAUUCAUGGAAGCUUCAGUUGUAACUUUUUCCUACACUCAUGCUGCAAUUAAAUGAGAUAGUGUUCUAUAUUAUUUUCCUACUUGUAGAUGUUUCUCUGAUCCAGCAGGGCUCUUCUUAUGAAAUUAGUUGUACUGUCUGGAAAUCACAUCAAGUAUGAAGUAGUCUUCAAUAAAUGUCUAACUAAAGCCAAAUACUUGCCUUUCAACCUUAGUGGAAUUAGUGCAAUGCUUCCAGCAAAACAUUUUCCUAUUUGUUUCCUCAACUGAUUAUCUAACUAGUUAAUCUCUCCAAAUACAGCAGAGAUUGUGACAAAUGUUCAGAAUUCCUCAACCGAGGUCUCAUCUUGCGAUACAAACAACGUAUAUGAACGAAUUCGACUUGAGAAGCUUGCUUUUGUUCACAGAGCUGUUAAUGUCACUACUGAUCCUAAUGGGUGCAACUUUGCUGUUUUACAGUCAGAUCCUAAAACAAGGUAUAGUUCAGCUAUUUAUGGGAAUAAUUUACCUGAAAUUUAUGGAAAUAAUUUACCUUUAUGGGAAUGAUUUACCUGAAAUUUAUGGGAAUAAUUUACCUAAAAGCUUUGAAAACAAUAUUUUUAUUUUAUUUUAAAACAAUUCGGUGUUGUUUUCCUGGGCAAAGCCCAUCCAUACUAACUGAUAGCAAUACAAAUUACAAUUAUUGAAAAACAAAAGAAUAAAACCCAUUCAAAUCUUCCCAUAUCAUUAUCCACUCCAGCCUCAAUUCAGCAAACAGGACCAAAAUAACUCAAGGGAAGGCCAAUGGAAACAAAUAGGUCUUUUAAGCCUUAUGAAAACUUACUGAGAAGGGAUUUCCAAUGCCAUGAGGGCUCCCACCUCAUAGACCUUAGGGGCACACACUACAAGGGCCUCUAAAACUAGUGCCUGGAUGCAGUGCUCUUUCUUUUGAUCUACUUGUGCUUUUUGAUACUCUGGUCAAGCCAGUCCUUUACUAAUAUUUAGCACGUGAGGUUAUGAUGAAGAUAUUCUUGCCUUCCUGAAAAGAGGGAUGAAGUGCCCAGUCUUGCCUUCUGAAAAUGGAACACCAUAUGCUACAUUAAACCACAGCUAUUAGUCUGCGGACUGGGAAAGCGUUGCUGGUACUGUUAAAAAUAUACAGGCAUGAAUCCAGUAUAUUUACGAGUCUACCACAACGGGGCUCUACAUACUCAUGUGUGAUGAUGCAUCUUGAGGGCUUUCGUUUAAUGUUUCGAAGAAGGAAAGCAAAUACUGCUUGGAACCAGGGGUGGGGGAAGCUGCAGCUCUCCAUAAGUUGUAGGACUCCCAACUCCAGUCAGCCCCAGCCAUUAUGGCCAGUGGUUAGGGACAAUUAAUGUUUUAGUCCAAACAGCGUCUGAAGUUCUUCAAGUUCCCAAUUCCUGCCUUAGAAACUUGCUUUUCCUUUUCUUGCAUGGUGCAUGAAGAUGAAAUGAAAUGAAAGUCAAUUCAAAUAAUUCUUAUAACUCUCUUCUUCCAGUUUGUAUGAAAUCCCAAGUGUCUCGACUUCUAGUUUUUCUGAGGAUUUUGGCAAAUUGUUGGGAGAAGCAGAAAUUACGGACAACAUCCAUGAUGUGACUUUUCAAGUUGGCUCCAGGACUUUCCCUGUGCACAAGUACAUUUUGGCAGCACGCUCUGACUUCUUCCGGAAGCUCUUUGAAUCGGAUCACAAUUGGAUAGAUUCUGCUGAUAUUUAUCGUAAAGAUGAAGAUGGUGUUGGCUGUGAUCUCUUUGUGAUAGAAAAACUUCACCCAGAUUUGUUUAUGUACAUUCUGCAGUACAUUUACACGGAUACAUGUGAUCUCCUCAUUCAUGGUCACAGGCUCAAAGCGGUGUACAAAGAAAAAAUGGAAGAGAAUGAAAACACUUUAAUUACAAACUUGAAUAAAAUAACUAUCAAUGGAGAUGUUAAUAAGAAGUCUGCGUUUGAGGUUUACAGAAGUAACCAAGUAUACAUGGGAAAUGAAAAACAGAAGAGCAAACCAAAAUCUGCUUCUAAGAAAUGUAAGAGUGUUGGGGAAGAAGUGAAUCUCAUAAAAACAUUGCAAGUUGCUGCAAAGAAAUUUGGAAUUGGGAGCUUAAGUUCAAGGUAUGCUAUCACUAAGGCUUUUAUACACACACACACACACACACACACACACACGUGCUUUUUCUUUUUCUAACGGGUUGAUCCUCAGGUUAAGUUGAAUAAACAUCUAUAACUCUUCCUGUCAACUAAUCCUGUUGCAUUAUUCUUUUUACAGUGGAGCGUUGUUAUCACUUUAAACAAUUCAUUUUCCUUGCAGGCUAGAUGGAGUCAGAAUAGAAAAUGGAAGAAUAAACAUUGCCAACAGAAAAACUGGCAACAAGCCAAAGCUAAACCAGAAAAAAUGGUGAGUUUCAAAAGGUGCAGUAUGGAAGCUUGAAGAUUUCUAUAGGGUAUAAAAAGGUAAAGGUACCCCUGCCCGUACCGGCCAGUCGUGUCCGACUCUAGGGUUGUGCGCCCAUCUCACUUAAGAGGCCGGGGGCCAGCGCUGUCCGGAGACACUUCCUGGUCAUGUGGCAAGCGUGACAAAGCUGCAUCUGGUGAGCCAGCGCAGCACAGGGAAACGCCGUUUACCUUCCCGCCAGUAAGCGGUCCCUAUUUAUCUACUUGCACCCGGGGGUGCUUUCGAACUGCUAGGUUGGCAGGCGCUGGGACCGAGCAACGGGAGCGCACCCCGCCGCGGGGAUUCGAACCGCCGACCUUUCGAUCGGCAAGUCCUAGGCGCUGAGGCUUUUACCCACAGCGCCACCCGCGUCCCUGGGUAUAAUGAAAGCCAUUCUAUAGGGUAUAAUGAAAGCCAAUUCAAAUAAUUCACAUAAUUCUGACUUCUAGUUUGUAUGAAGUCCCAAGUGUCUCAACUUCUCAUUUUUCUGAAAACCAUGUAAAAUAAAACUUAAAACUAUACAUUCAAAAAUUUCUCUUAGUGAGAAUAAUUGUUGUGCAUUUUAUCACAUGGAUAAAACAUACAACAUGUUUGUGACCAAACCUCCAUGAAUUUAAGCAGGAAAAAUCCUUGCUACUCCUAUUCUUGUAAAAUGCUUACUGAGCCAUCACUUUAGUGUAUAUAUAGUGGUACCUCUGGAUGUGAACGGGAUCUGUUCUGGAGCCCUGUUCACAUCAUGAGCAGAAUGCAACCCGUGUCUGCGGGUCGCGAUUCGCCGCGUCUGCGCAUGUGCGUGACAUCAUUCUGAGGGUCUGCACAUGCAUGAGCGGCGAAACCCGGAAGUAACCCGUUCCGUUAUUUCCGGGUCGCCGUGGGACACAACCUGAAAAUGCUCAACCUGAAAUGUCUUUAACCCGAGGUAUGACUGUAAAUGUGUGAAUCACUGCAGAACCAACCAGCUUGCUGUAUGCUGAACUGUUACUGACCAUAUGCCUCUAUGUUCAUUAAGGCCGCUCCUCUUCACAGAGGGGCGGGGUUGUGUCAGCUCUUGCACAUUCCCGCGGUCAGUGGGGGCGUGUUGAGUCCCCCCUGUCAUGGGGGAGUCCCGGCCUGUGUCAUGCCCACAGCCAACCAGAUUGCCCCCCCCUCUAUGUUAAUUAAUACCCUUCCCCAUAUGUACUAACCUGUAUAAACUGUUCAGUUUCUUAACUCCGGAAAAAAUCUGGUGAUUAUCCCCCUAUUAUCCCACUGCAUUACUUUAUCCUUGUUUGUAUUAAACCACAUUUGCAUUUUAAUGUCUCCUUAUAGUAGGUUUUUUAAUUGUUUUGCAGCUCCUACCUCUGUGACGUGACCAUGAAAUCUGUAGAUGGAAAAGAAUUCCCAUGUCACAAAUGUGUGCUCUGCGCAAGACUUGGUAGGUAUAAUGUAAGGUACUUUGGCCACGUUAUUAAUAGAGAUCUGUCUUUUAAUGCAUGUCAAAAUGAGGUCUCUCUCCUUUUCAGACUAUUUUCACAGCAUGCUGAGCAGCUCCUGGAUUGAGGUAAGCGUGCCUGUAUAAGUGCUUGGAUGCAUUGCCCUUCGUCUUUAAUUUGUGCAAAAAUAUUUACUCAGGCGUUGUGGGGGAGAAAGUAAUUAUUCACGAAAGAGAACUUUGUAAUGGCUUGCAAAACAGAAGGCAAGAAUAUAAAAAUUAUCCAGCAGUGAAUUCUACAUGUGCACCCUUCAUUACAUAAAUGAUAUUGAGCACAAGGGGCCUUUUAUAGUAGCUGUGUGCUAUGCUAUGAUACAUUAGUUGGAAUACUGUUUCGAUGAUGGGAUUUUAAUUGUGGUUAAUUUAUGGCAGCUUAAUUAAAAGAAAUGGGGGGAAAAGGUUUGAGGGACUAUAGAACACAUGCUUUGCAUGCAGAAGGUCCCAGGCUCAGUCCAGACACCUGCAGAUAGAGCUGGGACAGAUGCCUAGCUGAAACUCUGGAGAUACACACCAAUUUCUAUGCAGUACAGAGCUAGGUGGACCAAUGUUCUUACUCUCUGUAAGGAAGCCUCUCUGCCUAAGAUUGGAGAGGCUUCAUAGCCAAUCAGAGUAGACACAAUAAUGGAUUAAUCAUUAGAUGGAGCAAUGGUCUGGCUUGGUAAAAGGCAGCUUCAGAAGUUAAUAAAUUUGUAGGUUAGAAAUAGUUAUAAAUGCCUUAUUUCUGAGCCAUACUUUGAAAAUAACCCCAGCAGCCUUUUAUUUUGGCUUAGUUUGCACAUAAUUCUAAGCUAAACCAUUACUUAGCAUGGACACACUGGCUCCCAGAGAGAGAACAAACGUUGGUUACAUCUUGUGGUGGCCUGGAGUGAGAUUAACCAGAAGCCCAGGUUUGGAUGACAUACUAAGCCAAGCUAUGGCUUGGUUCAUAGCAGCAGCAGCAGGACCAGAGGAGGAGCCUUGAUUUCCUCUCCGGAAACCUGCAGACUCACUCAUUCACAACAAGUCAUGAUUUGGCCUAUUGUUAUGUCCAAACUGGGUCUUUCUUUCAUUUUUGAAAUAAUUUAUUUAUUUAUUUUACAAGUAAAAAAUUGUCACAUUACCAAAUACAUAACCAUAUAUACAGAUUUCUCUGAAUCCCUCGACUUCCCACCUUCCUCUCCAUGGGUCCUAUUGUCAACUGUAUAAUCAAUAUUUUGUAUCUUUCUAUAUUGUCCAUUGUAUUAGUUACAUUACAAGUGUUGUUAGAAUCCUGCUAAUGUUUUCAUCUGCUUACAGUGGUCUUCUAAAUAAAUUAGAAACUUUCUCCAUUCUUUCUUGAAGUUAUUGGCUUCUUGGUCCCUGGGUCUUUCUGUCUUGUGCUCUUAUUGAAAUAAGCCCACCCAUGCCUGUGAAAUGUGUUUGCCUUGGUUGUUUCCUAAAAUACCACAUAUUCAAAUAUCAAGAUCCAAAUAAUCAAUAGCUAGCAUUUUUUGCAUACUACCCCCUGCCCCCGGCCCUUGCCAUAUAGAAAAUGCUUUUAGAAACUAAUGAACCUUUACAACAGAAUAUUACCACAUGCUCUACCAUGUAUCUAACGUGUAUGGAAUUCUGUCCUCCUAGACUUCCUACUGGCCAUGAUGGGAUAGAUAUUUUAUUCUGCAGGUUGACUUUUGGUAGCUAGUAGUUAUAGACCUCUCUGGUUACAGGUAAUGCUUGUACACUUAAAGAAUUAAUUAGUAAGCACUUGCGCAAGUUCUGCCGGUUUGAGUUUGUUUUAGGCGAUGGAUAGAUGUGAAUGACAAGUUUGUGGCUUGCUGUUCUCUUUAAUGGUGGACACAUAAUACUAGAGUUUGAAGUAUGUAACAGUAACCCAGAAAUUGGUUCUUGAAAUUCCUUCCAUGUUACAGCAGCCCCUCUGAACCGAGAUUUUUCCAAUAAACGUUGAAAACAUUAAGUCGGAUCAAGUCCUCUUCAAGUUUAUGCAUAUUGAAAGUGCCAGAGGAUGACUAAUAGCUGUGAAUAAUCUAACGGAACCUCUUACUACUUUAUUUCCCAAAUGGGGUGUUUGCCAACAAUCUUGAGAUAAUUCUGUUAUGACUGCAGAAUGCUAUCUUCAUAAGAAGUUUUUCCUUUUGUUUAUAUUUGGCUGGUUUGUUUAGAGCAGUUGAUUAGGGAUGGAUGCUCUAUGUCAGUGUUUCCCACAUUGUGCACCACGAGAAGUUGAAGGUUUUUUAUAAGCCCAGCACGCAUAAAUGCAGAGGAGGUUACCCUCUGCAUCUCAGCAUGAUGUACUGUUCUCGCCUGUCUCCUCCUAAUCAGUUUCUGUUGGGAGUGGGUAAUUUGGUCAAGCUCUCUCCAUUGGGUGCCAUUGUAUCAUUCCUAGCAUGGGCUUUCUAUUCCAUCAACUUCCAAACAAGAGGCAUGCUCAGAACUAUGACCCAUGCAGAAACGUUGGAGGUAUUCUUCCUUGAGGAUUGGUCACUCAUACUCAUACUCCAAACCCUUUAGUAAAAUGUGCAUCUGAGGUCAUUGAAGGGGGAACGUGUUCACUGGCUGUUGGAACCUUUGGAAACACUGCUCACCCACCCUGUUAGUAUGUUGAUUUUUAUGAAAGCUACUAAGACACUAUAUAUAUAUAUAUAGAGAGAGAGUAGAAUACAGAAGAGUAAACACAAUACAUUGGUGAUCUGGAUUAUUUGGAAAGGAUCAAGGUUUAUGUAUUCUGCUGCUGCUGCUGCUGCUACUGCUACUGUUACUACUACUAGUUUUACUAGUUUUCUGUUGCAUGCACUAUUUGUAAUGGCAUAUAUCAUUUUUAAAAUCUGAUGACUUCCCUAAAGGUUCGCAAGGAGCUUCUACUGGAUCUUAAAGUGGGCUGGCAUUUGAAAUGUUUGUUUAAACCCGCUUCCAUUUAGGCAUCAUGUUGUGCUGCUCUGGAAAUGCCAUUCCCCUCUGACAUCCUGCAGGUCAUCCUGGAUUAUAUUUACACUGACGAAGCUGUUAUAGUAAAAGGUAAGGACUUUAAUAGAAUGGGAAUAAAUUACAUGCUUGGGAAUCUGGGAACAGGAGGAGGAGGAGAUGAAAAUAGUAUCAAUAGCAAAAUGCCAGCUUAAUGGAUUAAAUUACACAAAUGGUAUAAUGUCAUGUAAACCCAACAAUUAAAAACAUAGUAUUACACAAUAUUAAAAACAGUUUGAAACAAGUGUAAAGAGCCAGGAUAAAGAUGUGUGUCUUUAGCAUUUGCUGAAAGCAGUGCAAUGAAGGCACCAGACAUACCUAUGUGGGAAGCGAAUUCCACAACUAAGGGACUGCUGCCACGACUGCCCUGAGCUUCUGAGGGCAAUGGAGCAACCAAGAGGGCACCUUCCACUUGUGUUAGCACCUUGAGAAGUUAGGGAAGGAUGUGAUCUUUCAGGUAUUUGGGGCCUGAGUGGUUUAGGGCUUUAAACAUUAAAGUGUUCACCUUGAAUUUGGCCUGGAAAUGAACUGGUAAGCAGGGCAACUAUUUUAAAAUGGCAUGUAUGAGACCCGAAGGAGCCCCACCCAGUCAUCUGGCUGUUGCAUUUUGGAUCAAGUUUCUGGGUCAUCUUCAAGGACAGCCCCACGUAGAAGACAUGACAAUUAUCCAGUCUGGAAGUUACUGGAACAUGGAGCACAGUGGCCAAGUCAUUUCUGUACAAAAGGGGCCACAGCUGUAGCUGAAAAAAGGCACUGCUAAACACCUGAGCCUCCAGUGAGAGUGUUGAAUCCAGGAGCACCCCUAAGCUGCCGGCCAUCUCCCCACCUCCUGGAACAUGAGCAAUCAGGACACAUAGUACCUCUGUCUUUUCAGGACCAAGCUUUCUCCAAGCACUGAUCUAACACACCAGCUGCCUCUCCUGGUUUAAUUGGAGCAGAGAGAUAGAGCUGGGUGUCAUCUGCAUAUUGACCACACUUUACUCCAAAUCACCUUAUGACAGAGAUGCAGAUGGCUGAUUAUGUAAAAAUGGCAUCAUGUCUUCCAUAAACCAGACAAAUAUGAAAGGGUAGAGGAGGGUUGAGGCAACUACUAGAUCUACUAGGACUAGAACAAGUACUGGGAAGUUGCAAAAGCAUUGGAUUAAGGUUGCAGAAAGCUGAGAUCUGUACCUUUUUCGGUAGCCUCAGUAUGGCACACAGAAUAGGGAUAGUUUUUUUCCCCUAGAGAGUGACUUGCACAUUCCAGGCUAACUAAUCAUCUGAAGCCGUUUGCAGUUGAGUGGGCUGAUUCAUACUGUGUUAUGUUAGACUGUAAUCUUGGCUGAGUUAACAGAUAGACAAUAAACAGAGAAAGUUGGAAACUAGGCUCAAGAUACAAUUUUCCAAUGAUUUCCAGAAUCUCAAAAUGUGGAAUUCAUCUGCAAUAUUCUUGUGGUAGCGGAUCAGCUCCUUACAUUGCGACUGAAAGAAAUCUGUGAAGUAGCCAUUACCGAAAAACGUGAGUUGUUACUGGAUUGACCCUGUAGUAAUGCUACUUAUUGUUUUAAAGUUACACAAUAGCUUGCAUGAAUGUCAAAAUAUGAUGUUAUUUAUUGCACAUCAUUGUAGUGUGCCUGUUAAAAUAAAAUGUUUAGGCCCAAUGACAUUCAAAUUGUGCUGUAAGGAACCCUAGUAAUGGUGGAUAAACUUUCUGAAAUAAAGUUUCCAUUAUAAAUCUUCCUUUGCAGUAUGCACCUGUGGAGCAUGAAUGGAGGAAUUUUAGAUAAUGCAUUCCAUUUGUGCAAGUCCAAAUGGCUUUGUUAGUGCCCCAGAUGAUCUAUGUACAUACCCCAGAAUUUUCUGCAAAGCACUAUAAAUUUAUAUUGUGGAUAAGUGACAUUUUAACAGAAAUGGCUUGGGAAAUGUAUUCUCUUCCUUUCCCCCCAAUUUCAGUUACUUUGAAGAAUGCUGCUGAGCUUCUGGAGUUUGCAGCAAUGUACAACGCUGAGCAAUUGAAACAAUCUUGCUUGCAAUUCAUCGUUCUAAACAUGGCAGCUAUACUUGAAACAAGGUAAAAGCAAUCCCUGGCACUCCAUGCUCAACUACUGUCUCAGGCCAUAACCCACAGGGAAAUGAGUAGUAUAUUAACGUUCAUUGAGCGUAUCCUGCUUUGACAUCAACACAUCAGGUUUAAAAAGCAGUUUGAAAAUGUAACACAUGAACAUUUUAAAAUAAAAGAACUGGCAAGCAAGUGACAUUGAUAAACACAUGCGAUUUAAAGAGAAUGCUUGUGUCACAUUUCAAACAGAUUUUCAGAAUGGCGUGAGGGAGCCAUUAUUUAAAAGGUUUUGGAGGUUUGGCAAAAGUAACUAUAGCUCCCUUCGGGCAUUAAGGCUCAUGUGCUGAGUAACAGGGGCACGCCAAGUAGUGUACAGGGCCUUUGAGUAUUCAGCUGUGUACAGAUAAGCUUUGUCAGCAUAGAUAGAUGUGCUGUUCAUCUGAAGGCUAGUGGAUGGAGUUAUUCAUGGUAUUGCCACUUCCUGCUGCCAUGUCACUCAACACAGGAGCAUUAAAGCCUGAAGAGGGUUUGUGCCUGUACUGGAUCCCUGUCUUUUACCACAUCAGUUUCAAGUUACAUGGGCCUAGCCUCUAGAUUUCCCAGUUCUGUUCCCUUAAUAUUUACCACUCAGAUCUUUUUCCUGUUCUCACAGUCUUCUACGCUCUUCUCUUUGAUCCAUUUUGCUACUGGUGCCUUCUGAAUGACAGGCUGCAUCCCAUGUCUAAACCAACCUUCCUCAACCUUCCAGAUAUUUUGGACCACAACUCUCAUUAGUCCCAGCCAGCAUAGCCAAUAGUCAGGUUUGAUGGGAAUUGUAGUCAAAAACAUGGAGGGCACCAGAUUGGGAGAGGUUGCUCUACAUAAUCUCUGCUCUUGUCUGUUCUCUUUCCUUUCAUCAUUUCUCCUUGCAUACUUCACCCGCAGAUUCUCUUUUCUGUACCAUCAUAGCAGCACCUGUAGUUCUUUGCUUGAUUCCUGGUCUUGGGAAGUUGUUAUCUGGAGAGCUGUUGUACCAGUACUCUUUCCACCCACUCACACUUGUACCAUUAAUAAUAAUAAAAAAAGAUUACCUGGAAAUUCUAGAAUUGGGACUAAGCCAAGAGACAGUUCACAAGCAGGCAUUUACAGGUCUAAGGUCUGUAGCAACUCAUUAAACCCCCAGCACUUUAGAAUCUUGUUCUGUUAUCAGUACACCCAAAUACUUUAUGAAUUAAGUAGAAUUUAUCAAGAUUGCCUUUCAUUUCCUUGUGCUUGGGCACAACUAAAUGUUGAGUGUCAUCAGCGAGCCACUCUUGAAUUUGCAUUUAAUAUGUGUUUGUCUUAGGGCUCUAGAUGUUUUAAGUGAUGACGUUUUGAAGGACCUUUCCGUUUCUUACAGAAAAAUGGUAAGUGCUAUUAUUCGUUUAAGUAGGCUAGAUUUUAAAGCAGCUUGAGUGAUGAAAUGUCUUGAUAUGUCUUUUGUUAAAAGAAAUUCUGACCAAUUUAUUUUCUAAUUGUGCAGCAUUCAUAAUCUGUCUCAUGGUUUAAAUUGCCAUAAUAGAAAAAGAGUCCCGCAGAUACUAAAGCAAGACUCCUCCAGAGUCUGCUGAACUGUCGUUAUAAUGAAUAAAAUAUAGGUUUAGAAACUUUGUCAAGGCUUCACCAGGUAUUUACAACUUUACUUGGAUUAUAUUACUCCAAAUGUUUUAGAUUACUUUAUGAAUCAUCUAUAUAUGCCAACACAUCCUUAGAGUAUUCGUAUGGAGGAUUUCUCUACCAUGCCAUACUUUAAACAAGGGGUGGCUGUUUGUUCAUUUUUGGUAUGAGGGCCACAUUUACCCUGGGGCAAGCCUCUGGGAGCCAUAUACUCUUGACUGAAAUAAUCAGUCCAAUGACCCGGGAGCACCGGGCUCCAUCCACGGCAGUGCUUUGUCACCUUUAAUGUUUGUUCUCUUUGCUGCCACCAAAAAUAGUGGGGUCUGGGUGCAGGGAGACAAAAAAAAAAGUGGGAAAUGACACCCCCAAACUGGGGGUUAGUCACUCUUCUUCCAAACUGGAUUUUAUGGGAUAUCAUAAAAUUUUAAAAUCUGCAUUCAAUGCGUACCUGUUUUUCCUAGUGCACAGCUUAACAAGCAUUUAUGAUGUUGUAGAUUCCUGCUAUGGUCAGAAGGGUAAUUACUCCAUACCAAGAUGGCCCUGAUAUUAGUUCCUUGGAGCCUGAGGAAGGAGAAACCUUUGUCUUCCUGAAAGAAGAGCUGAGUGCAGAGCAAACUACUCAGUAAGUGUCUGCCUGCCCUCCACCUUCUACUGCUGUGAGUGACGAGGCUUCUAGUGUGGCGGUAGCUCUGUUGCUUCACAGAGCCUCAGCUUCAGGUUUGGAUUGCUCUGCCCACCUCUCACCUGCUGUGUUCCUAUUUGUUUUCAGUUAUUCUAAGCAGCAAAUCUCAAGCUAGAAUGGAACAAUGUGGAUUGGUGUCAGUAAACACAUUCCAUAUAAAAGUUUUUAAAUGUCAGAAUUUUCUUUGGUAAGGAAAAACUACUGCCCAUACAUCUUUUGGUUCAAAUAGUAAGGGGGACUGGGGUGGGAUGGAGAAAGGAUUAUGAUAGUAAUUCGCUUUUAAAUGAACUGUGUUAUGUUCCCUGGGUAUCGUAAAUCCCCAAUGUGAAUCUCAUUAUCCCAUUUCUAUGCUGAACAAGAAAAGAUGGAGAAAGGGUAUUUGUUAAAGCAGGGGAUGAUUUGUAGAGCUCCGAUACUUAAAUUUAAGGAAACAAAUUCUUGCAUUUUUAUUUUUAUUUUUAAAAAAGGUUUGCCUAAAAUAGCUUUUAAAAACUGGGUUAGGAAAAGACACGGUCCUGAUAUUGGGAAAACUUGGGCCUGGGAGAAUGUAGUAAGAAAAGAUGAAAUUCUGUUUGUCACAAUAAAAAAAGUAAGUGAAAUCUAAAUAAAAGUGUUUUGCUUUAAACCAGGGAAGCUCUUUUCAAAAAAGCAAAAGCAAAGGCGAAGAAGAAGCCACGAAAACGGUCAGACAGCUCAGGAGGGUAUAAUCUUUCUGAUAUUAUUCAGAGCCCACCCUCUACAGGUUAGUGGCAGAUGAGCUUUGUUUUCACUACUGAUUUGUAGAUUGCAUUUAAAGUGGUUGUCAGUUAAGUAAAUCUGCAUACUCACAAAAUAGUAGUGUACUAGGUAUGGUUCUCAGUUUCUGUUAGUUCUGUAAUGCCAGAAUUAGCUCUGGGAUGCAUGGAUCUCAACAUGGUUGAAGACUAGUCACCUAAUACAUUGUGAAUAUUGUAUGGAUCAUGUGGGAAGCAAUUAGUAUGCAUGCUUUCUUGAUACUUUGGUUGAGUUAUUUGUGGCUCUCUGCCUGUUCCUCUAGAGCCCCUUCCACCUGACAGGAUCAGUGGAAGGUUUCUGAUUCACAUGUGUCAGCUGCCACUUUGUUUUUCAUGUACUAUUGUAAAUCUGUUGUAUCGUGUGACAAUCGUUUUCCAGGCUGAAAAAUUGUUGGUGUGAGUGACUUGCUGGGGCUUGUUGCUACUUUAUUGCCAUUUGUUUUUGCUUUCAUUGUGGCUGUGGACUUGAUAAUACAUAAUGUUUUGAUUAAGCUCUGUAAAUUGUACCCCAAGGCUGCAAAGAGCUGUGCUGAAAUGAGACAGGGCUUUCCCCUGACCUCUGCAGACAGUUGCAGGCAACUUCAUUGCAGUAAAAGUGAUGAAGCCAGUUCACUUGUGCAAGAUGUGGUGCAUUCAGCUGCUGCUGUUUCUAUCUGACUCUCUCUCUCUCACUCUCUCUCCAUUAUAUGCAAGAGUUUCCUCUCAAUAGUCCAUGACAAAGUAGAGCAAACUGAAAUCUUCAACUGAAAAACACGUUACCUUAUUCUGUAUCGCAAGAUGGCUUGUUUGUAUCAUUAUUACAGUACAACUAUACAAUGCAUAAUAAAUAACCUGAUCACUGGUGUUGACUCCCAGAGCCUCAACAGGACCUUGCAGAAACAAACAACUUCAAGGGAUGUCAGAAUACAUACAUGCAUACAUACUCCUUAGCGUCCAGUUUGGCUGCUGCCCCAGCACAGGCAGCAGUAGCACUGGGCAUCAGGAGAAGCAGAAGACACUCUUCUGUUCCUGCACAGGGCUCAGUUUCCUUAACAGGAGCCUGUAAAGGCAUUGGGAACAACAGACAGGGCUCUCCCCGUGCCUCUUCAUUUCCCAGAAAGUACAGUGGUACCUCGGGUUACAGACGCUUUAGGUUACAGACUCUGCGAAUCCAGAAAUAGUACCUCGGGUUAAGAACUUUGCUUCAGGAUGAAAUCAUGUGGCGUCGGUGUGAUGGCGGCAGGAGGCCCCAUUAGCUAAAGUGGUACCUCAGGUUAAGAACAGUUUCAGGUUAAGAAAGGACCUCCAGAACAAAUUAAGUUCUUAACCCGAGGUACCACUGUACAGAUAAGUAGUGAAGAGUAAAUGCUGAGAUUGGAGUGAGGAAGCUAUCUGCUAAACUGGCUCGUGUGAGAUCAGGGUGAGAUCAGGGCUGGAUCUUUUGAAGUCAAGCAGAUGGGCUGUAAGGCAUAGGAUAGCAAUCCCCACCCCAACUCAAACAACUUUUGCAUCUCAGGGAACUUACAUUGCCAGGAUAUGGUGUUAAUCAAGCUUGAAUUACAGAGACUAACCAUUUCUUUUUUCCUUCCUCUGCUAAUACUUGUAGGGAUACUGAAACUAGAUAAAACCAACUCCAUUGAAUCCCUCCCUGAAAUGCUGACCUCGGAUUCUGAAGGUAGCUACGUAGGAGUGAAUAGCCCCAGAGAUUUGCAGUCCCCUGACUUCACAGCAGGAUUCAAUGCAGAUAAAGUUGAGGUUAGAGCAUUUUAAUUUCUCUUUUUGCCUCAGUGUUUACUAAUUAAAUAAAACACAGCAUCUAAUGUUUUUAAACAUGUUUGCCAAUCUUUUCUUUUUUUUUUGCUUUUGAGUUUGCUAAAAAAAAAAAAAAGAGCAAAAAAGCUUGGGGAUCUUCUUGAACACCAAGCAAACCUUGAUGGGUCUUCAAAAUUCUGGUGAGGCCGUGUUGAGACACAUUUAAUGUAUAUGCAUUUGGUAACUGAAUAAUGCAGAUAACCCGUCUCUUCUUUAGUUGGCUUCUUUCUAAUCUUUAUGUAUGCCACAUAACAGAAUACCUUCUUUGCUUAAUGUAGCAUAAAUUUUAAAGGCGCGAAAUGGCUACAUUGUUGCAUUUAAUUGAAUAGUUGUAUUGGAUGCAGUAAUAUGAAUAAGUUAUAAAAGGAUUCUCUUAAAACUUGAAGGACUGUAGCUCUUAUAAAUACCACUUACUGUGAACAUGAUUACACUCUUGAAAUACGUUCACAGAGCAGUCCAGAGCACCAUGCAGGGCUUUUGACAUGUUAAGCCACAGACCUUCCACACUGUUGCAUGGCAAACCAUUUCUAAAGCCGAAGGGUGUUGAAAAUCCCACAGAAUAUGAGAUUCAUGCCAAGCUCAUGGGCAUGCCGAAAUAGCUCUCUGGAUCUACUUUGGAUAAAACGCAGAAUCUGGUUUUGUUCUCAUCAUAUUUGUCCGUAAAUGCACAUAUUGUGUCUUAAAACUGUGUAAUUUUAGUGUGCUUUGACUUUAGAUGAAAGAGAAAAUGUGUGUUUCCCGCGCACACGUUCCAAAUGCUAAAAAAGAGGUGAAAAUACCCGAGAGAACAUCGUUGCAAAAAAUAUCUCUUCCACAGUGCAUUCCUAACAACAAAAACACCUCCGCAAGCUCUUCCAACUGGGUUAUCAGCUCUUUUAGGUAUAUAUUUUGUUUGUUCCCACGUGUGUCAUGUGCUGAGUUAUUAACAGUAUUUGAGUCGGUUGCUGAUGCCAUGAAUUAGGUAAGUUAAAAUGUGAAUUGAAUUUCUCCUCCAUCCUAGUGAGUCUUCAUUGUGGAAGGGAAGUUCACAUUCCAGAGGGCAUUUGGCCUGCAUAGUUGUUGACAUGUUUUCUGACGCAUCAGAUGACCAGGUUAUUUAGUGGUAGUUAUGCACAUUAAGUUAAAAGCAAUUUUAUUGACUCUGUGUUGAAAGUGCUACUUUCCCCUUUUCAUUGGGAGUUACUACGACUUUAGCUGUGUAAAAGUUGCAGCCCAAACGUGCUGGCUUUUAAGGAUCUACUUCAUGGUAGGCUUUGAAAGAAAAGUCACCAAACUUCACACAAACUAAAAGUUAAUGUUAUUGGGCAUCGUCAGUGAAACUAAAAGUGUCCCUGAUGUUUGCAUGUGUUCUCUGGAAAAUAUAUAAAACAUUCUAUUUGAGGUUUGCCAUAAUUGAGGAAGGAGACAUAAAUUAUACAUCCGGUUACAAAAUAUAUGCAAGAUAUAGAAUAUUUCAGUGGUACUUGGCAAGUAGAAGAUAAGUAAAAAUGGAUGUCUUGAAAAGUAACAACUUGUUGUGGUGUUGUUGUUGUUUCAUUCAGUCCUGCCAGUCCCCCUGCUAUGGAUUUAAGAACUAUUAUGGAAAUUGAAGAAAACAUGCAAAAAUGUGGAAGCAUGCCAAAGAUAAAUUCAGGGUUGGUAAAAGAAAAUGAUUUAAUAAGAGAAAUGAUAAGAUCUAUUUGUGUUAAUUUAAAUUCUUAACUUACUUAUAAAUUCCUAAUUUUUGAGGGGGGGCUUUGAAACUUUAUUUUGGAAAUAAUUUUAUGGGGCUCUGAUCUACCUGAUGAUAUAGCACCUGUCUUGCCUCAGAAAUAUUGUUUAUUAAUUGCAUGAUUGUGUAAAAACAGAUCAGGAGGGAUAGAAUUGAAAGAUUUGUGCCUCCCUCCCCCGCCUCCACUGGUGGUAUCACAGCUAUGGAGUUUCUGUACUUUUGCUAAUUUAGGACCUACAUAAGUAAGAAAGUCCAUUGAGCUGUUAGUUUGUGUGAUUAUUUGUGUGGUUAUCACGUUUCUGUUUGUAAUUUUUAGUAGACCCACUUCUCAUGGAAGUAAGCUUUCUCAGAAGCAAAGGAAGCUGAUUGCUAUGGCUGCUAAGGAUAACAGCCCAGAGAUUGUGCCAGAGGCAGCCAUGCCACCAACACCCCAAAAUGCUGCAAAACCAGGGAAUGUGUGGUAUGUUUCUUAAUAUGCCUUAGUGUUAAUGUUUGUUGGACUCUAUUUCAGUCUUUAAAAUAAGCUUUGUUUCAGCUGAGCAGAACACCUAAGUAACUUACUAAGUGCUGAGGAAUUUACCUGAACCCAAGUAGUGUUUUCAGAAGCAUCUCUUUUCUGGUGUGGGCAAGCUUUCUCAGGGUUCAUGAACAAACCUAUAUAUACAAACGACUAACUGCAGUGCUAAUUUUGAGGAGUUGACUACUCUGUAUGAAGUGUGAUACGUUAAUUUGGAAUAACUGAUCAGUAGGGUUUCAAGAGUCUGGAAAACCAGGCCAUUGCAAUCAUCUAUAUUUUCUCGGUCAAGCUGCCUUCUACAGAAUCAUGCUGUUGACCCAUCUAACUUAGUGCUGUUCACCGUCUUGCCAGAAUUCUUUCCUUCUCUUUUGCACCUUUCUUUUUAACUAGAGUUGUCUUAGAUUGCAUCUGGGACCUUGUACAAAGUAAGUGAAUAUUGCAUUUUCCAAAGCAUUUCCAAAGUUUUGUAGUUUUCUACAGUAGCCCAAGGUGAGGGAGGGAAACACACUGGGCACCUUUUAAAAUUGCAUUAUAUAUCUGUCAUGUUUGUAUCCUGUGCUUCCUACCAGGAGCUCAGGAUACAUGACAUUUUCCUACUGCAUACUCUCAACAGCCCUUUGAACUUGGAUUGGCUGAGAGAUGAUGACUAGGCCAAUAUUACACAGUGAGCUCCAUAGCUGAGCAGACAUUUCAACAUGGUUGGAAAUUUAUUUUUCUUUCCACUACAAUACAUUACACUGGCAUGCAUUGGUGUACUUCAGCUGUGGAAUGAGUUUUGGUUUAAUUUUAAUGUGGGCAUAGAUGGCCAAACUUCCUUCAUAAAAUUCAUUUGGCUGCAAAAAAUGGAAAAUGGCAAACCCCCUAAAAGCUUUAAGCAGACCAUCAGUGUGAAAUCUUAUAGUAUUUUUUUCUUUUAAAAAAAUUAUGGCUCAUUGGAUAAUGGAAUUUAUUUUAAUGUCCUUUUUGAAUAUAUAUAUAUAUUUGAAUAUAUAUAUAUAUAUAUAUAUAUAUACAAACACUACUGCUGGAUUGAUGACAAUUCCUCAUUAACAACAUGGUUCUCAUUAAGGAUUCUUGACUUAACUAAUUUAGAGUGACAGAAAAGAGUUUGCAUUUGUCUUAACGUUGUUGAGUUCUGGUAUAACCCUGACUGCUUUGAAGCCCAAAUGAACUCACAUGCAUACAUUUGGCACCACGUUGAGGUUUCCGUGCUUGCAGUAUGUGGCAUUCUCCAGAACUUUUGUUUUGCAGUGAAACAAGAUCCUUGUCUUGGAAAUUCAGCAGCUCUACUGGCAAGACAACAUGCCAGAUGGGUGUGGGACCUUCUGGAACUUUCUUCUUCUUCUUUUUUUGGUUGACAUGGAGACUCAAUAUAUCUUAAACCAUACUUGCCAAAAGAAACCUCUAGUUUCAUGGUUUGCGUGGGGGGGGGGGUUAUAACUGUGGAGUGUUCUUUGAAGAUUAAUUAAUAAAAACAAACCCAGUGUUGAGCAUUUUUGGAAGCACAAUUGUUGGCAAGCAAAUAAAAGGUUGAAGGUAAACUAGCACACACUCCCAGCAAAAAAUACCUCUGACCAACUUUUCAAGGUGCACUUAUUAUACAGUGGUACCUCAGGUUAAGUACUUAAUUCGUUCCGGAGGUCCAUACUUAACCUGAAACUGUUCUUAACCUGAAGCACCACUUUAGCUAAUGGGGCCUCCUGCUGCCGCCACGCCGCUGGAGCACGAUUUCUGUUCUCAUCCUGAAGCAAAGUUCUUAACCUGAAGCACUAUUUCUGGGUUAGCGGAGUCUGUAACCUGAAGCAUAUGUAACCUGAAGCGUAUGUAACCUGAGGUACCACUGUAAUAGUAUUUGGUGGGGGAGUGAAGUAAUACCUUUGCUGAGAGAUGCUGCUUGCAUAUAACAUUUCAAUCAUCUUCUGACAGGAUGGAAUAGAAAGCUAAAUUGGCAUCAUGACAAACAUUUCAGAUAAUAAUAAUAAUAAUAAUAAUAAUAAUAAUAAUAAUUUUUAUUUAUAUCCCGCCCUCGCCAGCCGAAGCCAGGCUCAGAGCGGCUAACAGCUCUGUCUUGCAGGCCCUGCGGAAAGAUGUCAAGUCCCGCAGGGCCCUAGUCUCUUGUGACAGAGCGGUUUUGAAUGUUGAUAAAUAGCAUUUAUUUCACUUCUAAUGCCUAGGGCUUGUGGUAUAUUAAUUAACAGUUAUAUGAAAAAGCUUGGAGAAGCUUGGGAUGGACUUGACCUAUAGGGGCCAGCAACAUUGACACUUCAGUUAUAACAAAAGUCUGCACAGCAAUGUAUCCUUCUAGAGAACGAGAGCUUUUAACAUCCAGCAGGCAAAGCUUGGAGCACGAUACUUACUGUGUACAAGUAAAGGGCUGUAGCUCAGUGGUAGAGCACUUGCUUUUUCUGGAAAGCCACUUGCCCUCUGCCCAUCAGUUUCGGCAGUACUGAGCUCAUUGGACCAGUGGUCUGACUUAGCAUAAGGCAUCUUUCUGUGUUCCUCACUUGGGGCUUUUUCCUAGGCCUCUUUCCUCCACUGUCUUUUAUUAGGCCUUUGCACCAGCCUCUAAUUCAAACAAGAUAAAAUUAUAGCAGCACACAAAAAACACUUUGCAAUAGGAGAGUUGUAUUUACUGCUAUGCAAAACUGAUGGAAUAGUACAGUUAAAAUAAUCCCUGCUGACUAAUCUGUCCAAAUAGAAAUGUGUAACUUCCUUUGAAAUUGGCCCAAACCUAAAGAAGGAGACAGGUUCCAGAGCUGCAAGGGUAGUAGCAGAUGACUUUCUGCGUGGCUUAUAUUAUUCUUCUCUUCAGCUUUGCUACAGCAGGGAUGCUGACUAUGAGCCUGUGAAGUUAUCUUGUAUUCAGUCUGACCGUUUCAGCCCUCAAUGAUCUUUCAAGUCACAUGCAAAAGCUUUCUCCAGUCCAUAGGAGCCAACUCCUAGGGGCCAAUGCCCCUACACUCCCCCCAUAAAAUAUUUGAGGGAGCCGGAGCCCUCCAAAGUCAAUGGCCAUUGUCAUUCAAAAAAAGCUAUUUAUAGACUGUGCUUAGAUAUUUACAACAAUGUUAAAAAUACUCGAAAGGCUCUAUCCAAUGGGCAACAAUGUUUCAGUGUAACUAAUGGUAAUGUAAAGUGAUGCCUCACUGUUUGUGAAUAGUUGGGGAAUAACCAGAUCUUUUACCCCCUGUUCCCAAUUGCAUUAGUACUAGAGUAUGUGUCUGCAGCCUUCAUCCAUCUUUGGUCUUCAGUUGUUGUUGGACUACAAUUUCUGUCAUCCCCAACCAGUCUCUAUGGAAUGUGUAGUCCAACAUCUAGGGACUCAAGUUUGGGAGUGCUGGGUGAGGCUAGUAAGCACUUUUGCCUAGUAACUCCUAUCUAUUUUGUAGGGUCUUCAGUAUACUUAAGAUGACUCAAUAACUCCAGUUGGUUGGUAGGGUAUAAAUAGGUAAAGGUAAAGGGACCCCUGACCAUUAGGUCCAAUCGUGACCGACUCUGGGGUUGUGGCGUUCAUCUCGCUUUAUUGGCCGAGGGAGCCGGCAUACAGCUUCCAGGUCAUGUGGCCAGCAUGAUUAAGCCGCUUCUGGCGAACCAGAGCAGCGCACGGAAACACCGUUUACCUUCCCGCCAGAGCGGUACCUAUUUAUCUACUUGCACUUUGACGUGCUUUAGAACUGCUGGGUUGGCAGGAGCAGGGACCGAGCAACGGGAGCUGACCCCAUUGCGGGGAUUCGAACCGCCGACCUUCUGAUCAGCAAGUCCUAGGCUCUGUGAUUUAGCCCACAGCUCCACCCGCGUCCCUUUCAGGGUAUAAAUACUCUUUAAGUAAAUAAUAAACAGCCAUGGACAUGCAACAGAUUUAUCUUAAUUUUUCACACAAUUUUAGUCUGUUGGUAAAAUAAUUUUCAGACAGAAAAAUCUCUAGGAUCUUCUGGAAGUUACAACAUAGCAGUGUUUGAUUCAUUUAGUUUGGUGUGACUCAAAUAUAGCACAAAAGGUACAAGGGUUUGAGACUUUAUCCCUCUUUUCUGCUAAAGGGCUUCUUCAUUGCAAUCUGCUUCGCCAAAGUCAUUCCGUAAUCUCUUGGAGGAAGGGAAAAGAACAGUUGGUGCCAGUUCUGGAAAACAUUGUGCUAAAGUGAUGGAAGAUGCACAAGAUCAAAAAUCUCUGAGGUGAGAAAGUAUAACAUUUAUUUGCAUGUUUCUGGCGAGCACGGAAGUUGUGCACAUCAAUAUAAAAAGCUAUUUAAGUGCUUACAUACAGAGCAUCUCAUGUUAGUUGAAUAUAUGUUCUGAUAGCAUGCUAUAUUUCAUUGUUUUAAAGCUAUCAUAAAUUACUGAACAGAAUAAAUGAUAGAUCACUUACGGUACUUCCAUAAUAUCGUAUAGAUAUGUCUAAUUUGAUAGCUUAAUCAGUGAAGUGGCUUAGGGAAGCUUAUUCUCAGAAGCAGUUCAAGUGAGACGUGUGUAUAAUGUUACUUCUUUGGGUUUGCACACCAGUUUAAUGUAAGUGAAGGAGUUGGGGGGGGGAAUAGAGAGAGGGGUAUAGUCUACUUUCUGCGUGGCUGUUAAAAAUAAUAAUCUCUACCCUGAGCCAUGCCAUCCCGGAGGUGACUUCUAUCCCCACUCCCAUCCUUUUCAUAAAUAGAUGCUCUGGUUUCUAUAGAUAAAUAAAACUUGCCUUGUUGUUGUUGUUUUUAAUCAAAAUGGAAAAUGUGGGAUUUAUUUUUUAAAAAAGAAAUAGAAAACAAAUUCUAGUCAAAAUCUGUAUUCCUCAUACUAUUCCAGAGACCAGAAUUCAUGUUGGCUGGCAACCUUUUUACUUCCUUAGGUGAUGUUUUUAAUCAACAGUUCUUCUGUUAAUAUUUUAUUUGUGUCUCUAGGUGCUCAACUGCCACUGCUGUUGGGGCUGAAAAUCAACAUUUUAAUGAACCAACACUGUCGGAAAAUCUGAAGUAAGUUGGAUUUGUAAUUAAAAGUAUUUGUAGGAAAAUGUCUUCUGCGAUGUGGUGACAUCUUUCAUUUGGUAAUCUACCUUGCAGCCCUUGGUUAGCAGCAUCCGUUAUGAGUCCAGUUGUAGCAACAACUAUCACAUUUGCAGAAAUUGUAGAGGAAGAACUCCAGCAAGAAGCUGCUCUCAUCCGGAGUAGAGAGAAACCUUUAGCUUUGAUCCAGGUAAGGCAAAAUGCUCAGUACAAUAUGUUAAGAGUGGCUGAUUACCAUUCUUUUAAUUUUAUUAAGUACAUUUUUACUGAGACCUUUGGCCCCGACAAGCUGUUUACAACCACUUUUUGAAAAUACAAUCUGAUAUAACAUUGUUUAUGAUAUGCUGUGUUAUUCACAUGCCUUCACGUCAAGUAUUUUCUUAAUGCCAGUUCAGUAUUAUUUGUUUAUUUCUCAUUUCAUAAUUCCACCACCUUCCAGGUCUUGUUGGACUACAGCUCACCUCAUCCUGACUGUUGGUCAUUCUGGGUGGGGCUGAUUGGAGUAGGGAGUCUAACAACAGGGCUGGGAAUGUCCCCACUGAAGCCGAUUUGGGGCCUGAUCUGACAUUUCAGAGCAUCUCUAAUCUAGUCAACUUGAAUCUGAAUAGAGUGAAUCAGGAGCCUUGAACUGUGUUUAAUUAGGGUUCUAAAGCCUAACUAAGCAUGCAGUUGGGGCAGGGGAGAAGGAGAUGCAGGCAGACUUCCUGCAUCCUCUGCAUUCUGUCCACCCCCCCAACUCACAAAUCACCCAAUGCCUUAAACUGCUCCAGGCCCAAUUUGGUAUGAGAUUCAGCUGGAGCAACAACUGGAGGCCCUUCCCUCGAUUUAACUAGUCCUAACCGAUAGUUAGAUCUAUGUGUUCAGUUGAUUCCCUUGUGCCAUGGUUCAAGAGAAGUUGGAUGUGUUGUUUCCUUAACGGGAGAAUCUGGGAGAAUGUGGGAUUACAGUUAAUUCCCUUUUGCGAGGCUUUGCUGUGCUACUGAGUUUGCCAGAAGAUUUGGGCACUUUGAGGCUUAAGGGUCUGGUGACAUCCGUUCUUCUCUGCUUGUGUAAACAGCAUCCUUAGCCCUGUCAGAUUUCAAAAAGCAUCACCCUCCCCUUUGUUACUCUCUUCUUCCAGAUAGAAGAACGUGCUAUCCAGGACCUGUUAAUCCACUAUCAAGCAGUUGGCAACCCCGAUGAGUUUGUUGUGGUUGAAAGGUCUCCACAAGGGCCAAUAGCAGCUCCAAUGUGGAACAAGCAUUGA